AGAUUGUCCAGCAGCCCCAGCAGGUGUCAAUGAAUCACUGGCAUACCUCUGAGUGCAAACACAUGCACACAGUCACACAUACUCACACAACCACACACACAAACUCACACUGGGCGUGGUCAAACGAGCAUGCCGUGCAUGUCGACCAAAACAAUCACCUGCAGUCGGAUUCAUAUCGUUCAUAGAAUAUUUAAUAAGAGACAAGUUGGAAAAAGAGGAUCUUCACACAGAUCAGGUAAAGUUUGCAUGCUGUAAAGAAAAGUUCAGUUUUGGCUGCCACAAACUUUUGGAAAAAUCAAACACAGGCAUCAGGCAGAGUCCCUGUUAUGCAACAGUCCUGUGCUGCACGUCCAAAUGUUGAGGUUUGCCGGGAGGAAAUUACUUUCUGGCUGUUUUGUUUAAUUAUCAGCCAGCAAACAGUUUGAGGUGCUAAACAGGUGUGUGAAUAAACCUAAUCGGUAGGGUAGAAAACAUCCUCUAACAUUUGCACUUGGAAUUUCAAUCGUCAGCUGUUGUCUAAUUGUUAAAUAUACAGUAUAAGAUACACAACUGUUAAUGACAUGCAGAGUUAACCCUUAAAGCGCAGGUGGUUUACUUUUGUUGCGAGAUAGUUGUGUUAAAAUUUUUCCACAGGUAUUUGACCACCUUGUGCCGAUUGCUUGUCAUUUUUUUAAUAUGGUUGACUGCAUCACUUAGCUAGUGCAAGAAAUAUGGCUUUAAUGCGUCCGAACUGCCCGCUCGGAUACUACAUGCUACUGCUACGUGCUACUGCUAGAUCCUACUCCUACAUACUAAACACGUUGGCCCAAUUCGGAGUCACUAGACGGUUACGUAGUUGUAAAACCACCCCUGUGACAUAUGUACGCAUGCGCCCGUGCAGACAGUGGUAACUGAAGCCCCUCAUCUGCGGUGCCUGGCUGUAGUACUGCAGCUGUGCAGUUUAAUGAAAAAUAAUAGCUGUUUACCUACAUGAUGUCGCCAUUAAUGUUGCUCAUAAAAUGAUUACUUGGGCAAAUAUGACACCAUGAUUUUAUGACAAAGAGAUAAAGCGCACAUUUUUAGGACUAUUUAAGUUUGAAACUUACAUCUGUACUGCUGCGGUAGGCAUGGUUUCGCUUUGUGGCCAGCCGAACGUGUCGUUGCGAGUACAUUUAAAUAGGCAGAGCAGCUGGUUUUGCUGCAUCACAUGCGCUUCAAGACAACUUUUAAGAGGACGAAGAAGAAGCCCGUGGUGCAUUUUGGGUCAGUAGCAUGCCCGUAGGAUGCACCGAGACCAACCUACAAUGUGGGCGUGUCUAGUAUCUGAAGUAGUAUCUGAAGUAGCAUGCUACUCGCUCCGGUGGCCAAUUCGGACAUGCUAGAUACUACUUCGACUUCUACUUCGACUACUACUUGGCAAUUCGGACGCAGCUAUGGUCUUUAAUGCUAACAAGUAACUUGGCUUAUCAAGUUUGGGUGUCGUCUCCAAACUCGAAGAACUAUUUAUCGAACUGUUGAAGAAUAUUCAACAUUGUAGACUUCAACUAACUUCUUAGUCGUUGCCUUACCGUAAUUUUUAGUCUUAACGGUUACGUAGUUGUAAAACCAUAACUGUGACAUAUGUACGCAUGCGCACGCGUGACGGGGUAGCGCUACACAAUUUAAAUGCGGUGACAGAAAAGGGUAGGUAACGUUGCAUUGUUGGAAAACACUAAUAGCUGUUUAUACUGAUUGAUUAACUGUUCCUGAUAUAUGUUUUUUUAUUUUAGAAUUAUAUAACAAUAUUUUAUACUGAUGGAAAAGCGCACAGUUUUAAGCUAUUUAAUUUUUGCUUUGUCACUUCCGGUAGGCAUCUUUCACUUAGUAGAACCGAACAAGUGUCGUUGCGAGUCUGAAGUAAAUUGUACGUUUUUGCUGAUUUCAAAUGAGUAAAAUUCAAGACAACUUUAUAAGCCAAAGAGUUUUUCAAGUAGCGGUAAGUGUUGCAUAUUUCUACAGCCGAUACGAGCAGACGUAACAAGAAUAUUGAGAGGUUUUGGCAGAUGUUUACUUACACUGGUCGCUAACGUUAGCUAACGUUAACGCUAACGUCCUUACCAACAGAGGACGUUAGACUAAUGAGACGGCCCGCCACAUAAACUACUGAGCGAGGACUCUCUUUAACAUCAUUUGAAAAUGAAAUGUUACAAAAAACAUAGGGAAAACAUUAGUUUCUAAUCAGCGUUGUAGAGUUUAUAUCAAAGUUAGGAGAGUACUUCAGGGAUGCAAUUACUAUUACAGAUCCAGCUGUGUUGGGACUCUUACUGGGGCCGAGAAAAUAAUGUAACCUUUAACAAUGCCAUUAUCAUAAUAGAUGGAGUAGCAGCCAGUCAGGCUUCAUUUUACCGUUUUUUUUAAUGUGUGAAAUGAUGAGAUGAAGGAGGGAAUAAAUAAAGAGAUGUGGACACGAGACUGUUGUACGAAAAUAAAUAUAAUUGUAGGCAUCAGUGAUUGUACUCUGCUUAAUUAAAUUAUAUUGAUUUGUAGUCAUACUGCUGUCGUGCAUGAGGUUUGGCACAACUGAAAUAUAAUUUAUUGUUUGUUUUAUAAUUAUUGUUGUCUAACAAAUUGUUUAUCAGUCUGUUUAAUUACAGCAUGGUUUGUAAAAGCUGUGAGAAGUGUUGAUGCCUGGGGAAAAUUGAGCCAAAACACGAGACAACAUCAGCAUGUGCAGAUAUUAUAGUCCAAUCACAAACCUCUGUUCUUUUAAUUUAAUCUAAACAGGUGUUGUUGCUUGUGAUCACAUACACAUGGACCUCCACCUGAGCACUGAGCUUGGCUCUUGUCCUCACAUGGCCAUCCUGUAUCAGUGGUGGUCCUGGCAUGGACCUGGCCGUGUGGUUACUGCAGUCUGAGUCACGUUCAGGAAACACACAUUCGCUGUUUACAAGUACAAUCAAAGUUUGCUUAACAACAUGCAGAAUCAUAUAUUUUGAAAGGUGGUACAGGAUUUGAUAUAAAGCUUUGAGUUCAGUCAAAACAGAGCAAGUAUUCCAAAGUUACAUUGUUAUUGCAACAGUUUAUCCAUCAUUGUUUAUCUUAUUUAAUGAUAAAGUCAUACUUAACAGCAGUAACAGUUGUCAGUAAACAAAAGCUCACAGAACAGACGUAGCUCUGGGCUCAAGGGUGUUUCUUCUGGGUUGCUGCAAUACCCCAGAGGUCUACUGCGUGUGUGAGAGUUGAAGCAGAGUGAGUUCAAGCGGAGGUUUAUGAUAUGUGGGAAAAGCUGCAGUGAAAGGGGAUUGCCCAGCUUGACAGCACUGAGUAGGAAAUGAGGUUUUAGUUUUAGAUGGAUUCUGCCUGGGAAAUCAGCCUGGGAAAAUUUCUGAUCUGUGUUUCCUGCGUUGAGUUGUGAAAUGAAGCACUAUCAGGCAGUGAAUUCUGGGUUGUGCCUGUGAAGACAACACUGUUUUCUGUUUUGUUUUGUUUUUCUCUAGCAAAGGAGACUCGGUGUGCAAAACAGUUUUAAUGCAACAUAAAAUAAUUGUGUAUUCCACAUUUUGUUUUUAACUCCAAAGACAUUUUAGAAUUAUUUUGCCACACUGUGGAAAGAAAACAAAAAUGCAGCCAAUGGGGAAAAAAAAAAAUAAUAAUAAUUUUAAUUUGACAAAUUACCAACAUUAACAGGGAAAAAUCACGUAAAGGUAAAUUAAAUAUCUGGUCUACCACUGAAUAAUCAUUAGCUGUCAUCCUUCACUGUUUCCUUUUGAGUAAUGAAUAUUAGUUAAAGGUGUACUUAAAGUAAAUAAAAUAUGUUGAUUAAUUAAAGCUCAGAAUAAGACUGUGUGUUAAGUUGUGAAGUGUAAUUAUAUAAUUUUCUUUUGUGUGUUUUGCAGAUCAUAAGUGGAUUUGCCGUGGAGCACCUGUCUGAAAAAGAUCUGAUCAAAAAAAAGGUAGAACAUCUUUAUGCCAUGAAACUCUUUAGUAAGCCAAUAUCAGGAUUUUUCACUAUUUGGUAGGUGUGAUUUGACAAGAAUGUACUUUUCCAGUGUGAUAUAUCUACACACAAGGUUUUGCAUCGCAGUGGUGCAUUUGUAAGCUUCAUAGAGACUGUUCAUUUUAAGGCAGAGAGUUCAGCGGAAGUGUGUGUGGGUGGGCGAAGGGGCUCUCUGUGAGAAAAAGAGGAAAAUAAAUGCUUCAAAACUCAACACGUAUAAGAAAGCGUCAAACAUUUCAUGGUCAGUAAGUGAGAUCAGGGCAAGCCACUACUGAGGAGAGAUAGUUUCAUGUAUGUGUGUGUGCAUUUGUCAUACAUUUGUGUUUCAGUUGUGUGAAUAUUUUGGAAAUGGGUCAGCACCGGCAUGGUGGAAAUGCUUUUGAUGUGUCAGCUCCAGUAUUUUUGCUUGUAUGUGUGGGCAUGCAAGCACACACCGGGGUCCCACAUUCUGUUUUUAUUUUUUCUCAAUUUCUCACUUACAAUUUUUUCGUUUGAAUGUUUAUUUUAAUUUCGAUGUCUCCACAUUACAUCACUUAUAUAGUUAUAUGACAGUUGUUUAUAUAUACAGUUUACAUUACUAUUGUGCCAGACUACUGUCACUCACCAAGACCAUGCUCAAGGGGCUGCAAUUUCCGGUGUUGCUUUGUUGAUAGUAUAAAAUAAACAACCCAAAAAUAUUACUUCUUUUAGGUUAUAUCCUUUAGCUGAUGCUAUUAUGACAAUCAUUACUUAAACAGGUGGGACGUUUCUCUCGCUACAGCUUCAGGUGAAUAUAUGAUAACAUGCAAUCUGUUUCUUUCCAUUGUGUUUUGGGUUGAAAAAACAGUUGUUUACAAAAAGUACUGAUAAAGCUGAAGUUUUUAGAGAGGGGAUGUUACCUUAGAGCCAUGUACUGUUGUAGGACUAGCUCCUUGCUGUAAGCUAUGCGAAGUAGGGCCUGACCGAUUUAUCAGCGAGCCGAUUAAAUCGGCCAAUUUUUGCCCGUUUGAGACUAAUCGGUAAUCGGCCAAAACUCGUUGGUUGUCGCCGAUAUUGCAAAUGCUUUUCCGGUCCGAGUUUGAUUCAUAAUAAAUAUGUGGAAUAUUACUGAGAUGAUCAGUCAGUCUUCCUGUCGGCAUGAAGAGCAGUAGCCUACAGUAUAUCUACGGUAUAUAAUAUACCGCGGAUAUCUACAGUAUAUGUUUUUAUAACUUCAUACAAAAUUUAAAAAAUCGGCCAAUUAAUUGGUAAUCGGAUUACCCCCCCCACACACACACACACACCCACACACACACACACACACACAGACACACACACACAAUAAUCGGUUUCGGCUUCGGCCCCAAAAAAUCUAUAUCGGUCGGGCUGUAAUGCGAAGGUGCUCAGAAUUAGUCUUCUAAUUACACAGCAGUGAUUGUGUGGCUGAAAUGUGCCAUAGAAAUUGCAGCGCAUUACCAGUAUUACUUGUCCAACUCUAUCACCCAGUUAUAUGACAAUCUAUCCUUUCCUGUUGUAGGAGAUUCUUUCUGUGUUAGUGAUCUUUUUAUGCCCUCUGGCUCAGGAAAUGAUGUGAAUUUGUGGCUCAUGCUCGGUCUUAGUUUGGUUCACAGAAAGGCCUGACACCACGCUAACCCACUGUGAGACUUUUUCCUCUUAUAUCAUGAUUUUAAGUCUGCCUCAUGACCUACUAUGUUAUGUCAGAGGCAGGUUUGGUGUUCUCACUACCCUGGAGCGUUUUCAGGAAGAGCACAUCUUAAAAAUCCACACUCCUAUUUUAAGAGGCCUCAUGAAUUAUGGGCACAGUAUUAAAUGCGUCAUUGGGAGGCCGAUCUGGGCUUCUACCAACACGUCACAGCUCACACACAUACAGUCACACACUAAAGCACACUCAUAACCUAUAUUAAUAACAUUCUUGUGGGUGUCCAGCCAAAUGAGAAAAGAGUCUCUAAGUGAUGCAGGCAAAUCGUUCUCCGUUUUUUUCCAACUCUGGUCUAUAUAUGAAGAUGUUGCCAUAAUUCACAAUCAGAGGAGAAAUGUAGUUCAAUUGUUCGUAUUAGUUGCAUUUAGCAGUGAAACAGGGCCAAGCUUCUAAAUCUCAUGAAUAUCAGGUGUUAACUUGUAUAACUUGAUUUCUUUAUGAGUUGUUCAAAGGGGCUAUUUGACACUAUAGAAUUCAUGCUUGUGCUAUUUCUAUUGUCUGUAAAAUACCCUCUUGAAACUCCCCACAGUGAGCUCAUCUGGCUCCAUUCUGUCAGCUCAGCCCGGCUGUCCAAGCAAAGGCUGGUCCUCUUGGGAUCAUGCUAAUUUAAACGUCUCUUCUGUUUAUAGAUAUAUGCUGAUAGUAUAGCAGGUUUGGACUGUGUUUAUUUAGGCUUGGGCCUGUGGAAAUGGUAAUUGGUUUGAGUAACAGGAACUUAUUGGACCGUUGUGAACAUCCUGCAGACCAUUAGGGAGACCACAAACCGAACCAACCCACUAUCAGGAGAUGAGCUCAUCUUUUCCAUUCCCAGCUUUGAGGCCGGAGGAGAGGACUGGGGUUUCAGAGGGGGCUUUUAACAGGGGGUUGACUCUGGAUGGAGUUUUGGGUCGUUGAAUCUAGACUGGUUGUGUUUGUUGUUAAAUUGGUGCCACAGGGCAGGAAAUAUAGUCAUCUAAGGCUAUAAUUUUAAGGUUUAAGUAUCUGAAGUUUGUUUUAGAUUUACCUCUAACUGUCUUUUUUUCAAUUUGCCUUUGCAUGGCUGACAGAGUUUGUGGAAGUAUGACUAUGUUACCUAAACAUUUGGUCGUAAACAGUCAGCCUGCUGACCGAUAGAUCCUCCCGCCUUGCUUGGACCAGAGACAAUGCACUGUUGGAUUAUUUUCAGCAGGUGCUGCAGACAAUUUCAUCCAGUAAAGUGCAAUAUUUAUAAGGAAGGCAGUGUAGUGAUAAAAAAAACACAAGCACCUGGCCUCUCUAGACAACAUAUAAGAUGCAUUUUUAAAGUAACAUUUACAUGAUUUCAGUCCUUGAAAAAUAAUCACAUAUGGAGUCUUUUUUUUUCUUGCUGUAUAUUUAACUAAUGCGAUAAAUAAGUAAUUCUGUAAAGCUGAAGAAAAUAAUGACUGCCUUUGCGGAGUUUGAAUUUAAAUGACUAAGAGGUCACUGUAGUAUGGAAGUUCAAAGUUGUAUAAAAACUGUUCUUUCCAAUCAGUAACACAAAUCUAAUGGUUUAAAGCAAUGAUUUUGUCAGAUUGGAAACAUUAUUACAUCUAAUUUUGUAUCCAAAUUAAAAUAAAAAGAAACAGGGUGCUGGUUAAACUUGGCAGUUGGUUCAAUCCACCCUCAGCCCUUUGGUGCUUCAGUCUCAUAUUUCUCAUUUCUAAUAAUUUCCUUUCUUCAGUUGCCCUAUAAAAAAAUCUAAGACGUAUUAGAACAACUCAAAACAAGAAAUUCAGGUCAGACCUGGGUGGAUUUUCUAAUGCUCUGUGAGAAAAUUGUCAUACAGUUGAUUGCUUUUGAGCCAAAGAUCAUUUCGAGAUAUGAGGAUUCGAAGCGAUGAAUCCAACAAAAACACCCCCGUGACAAUAGACUAAACAAACCAAAUUCACCUCUUAGCUGGCAGCCGGCCUCCUCAGCAUCAUCAUCAAAUAAUUAGGAAGUGGGUGCUAAUUACACAGAAAUCCUUGCUGCUUGAUGAAGUGUGUGUGUGUGUGUGUGUGUGUGUGUGUGUGUGUGUGCGUGCGUGCGUGUGUGUGUGUGUUCCUCUGUACAUGUUUGCCUGCCCACACCCCUGGGCAGAGCAGCAAGUGGGGUAAUGAUGUAGAACAGUCCAUCUUUCUGGCAGUACAAACAGACUGAGAGUAUCGUGAGUGGCUGGGUGGCACGUAGGCACUUGACAUGGCACCCUGCCACCACCACGCCUUAUCGCCCCGCAUGCCUCGGUCUACCGCUGAGUGCAGAGUGAGUUGUUUUGGUUUUGGCUGCACUUACUGCUACAAAAUUGGUGGGUGGGUGCUUGUCGUCUGUGUACAUUUAAUGACUGCUGCCUAAUCAUCGUCCCUCAUCAGAGCACUUUGGGGGGUGGAUGGAGAUGGAGCCGGGUGGAGGUUUGCAGGGAUGUUGCCUCAGCAGCAUGCAGGAAAUUGGUACGUGCGGCAUGACCGCUGCAACAUUAACCCGAGGAAGUCCAUGUAAAAAGAUACUGUUUACUUGCAGGCAACAUAAACAACUCCUGCGCUGUCCUCAUACACUGCAUUUUAAGCUAAGAGUAGUGUGCAGGGGUGCCACAAGGAUAAAAAAGUACCUUAAAGUUGACUCAGGUUGCAGUGCAUUAAAAAGUUUCGGCCAUUUCUGCGUGAUGAGACAUCCAAGUAUAAAGGGUCGAAAUUUAAAAGAUGUGCUGUUGUUUUCAAAUGAUUGGAUGGCAAGAGAAAAGCUGCCCUUCAUUCUUCCUGUUAGCUCGGUUCACAUCAUGUGCUACUGGGCCUUCCCUGCUCUUCCGUGCCCUGGUCCUGUAGCUCUGAAUUAGCGUCAUCAUUCUGCUCACCUCACUGAGCAUUGUAAAGCCGAAACUCAGUAAAAGUGAUUUAAAUGUUGUUGUCUUGUACUUGUAGUUGUGUAUUCAAUGCUUUUGUUGAAGUCUUUUAAUGAGGCCUCCUUGUCAUCCUGUCUAUCAAAAAGACUUGGGUUGAUGGUGUGUAUAUCAUGACAUGAAUGACUGUUGUCAAUAUUUUAGUAUUUGACUGUUUAGUUUUAAAUACGUCAAUAAAAAAGUGCCUAUCUUGUCAUCUAGGUUUCCACAGUGGUCUAUUGAUAAAGUUAAUCCUGUGAGAAGAUAGUAACCAUUAAUCAAGAUACAAACACAGAGAAGCAGAUAUCCUUACAUUGCAUUAGAAGUAAGUAUUAAAUCCACAUUUUAAUUCGGCUGUAAGUGUUGCUGUUACAAAUGUAGUAUUUGUGUUUUACGGGCUGACCUGUGGAUGAAACUAGAACACAUUUGAUGAAUGACGAGCAGUUCAGGGACUUACAGUGACCAACACCAUACCUCAUCCUCUUUUCCCUAAGGGUCCUCACUCGCCGGAUGAUCACAGCAGUUUGCUGCUCUCCCUCCAUGACUGUACUCAUACAGUAGCAGAAAUGACCCAUUUGAGUUUGUCUUACUAUUUUUAACUCAUUUUGAAAAAUGUCUGGAAAAUUAUAAACAAAUGCAGAGAUACUUUACUGAAGGAAAGAGAAAAGACUAAACAAGAGCAAUGCUGCACCCCACAGGCCAAAACCAUGAACAAAGGUGGAGGGAAUAUAGGUCAGAGAGAGGGAGGUGGACGUUGGAUGUGGAUGGGUAGGAGUGGUGGAAAUUGAUUUUUUCUGUAUUGAUUUCUUUUGAUCAAACAGCCUCCCUUUCCUCUCAUUUCUUUCACUUUAGAUGUAUAUGAUAGGUGCUACAGUAUGUAAGGACAUCUCUGUGCUACAGUCUCAAUCUGAACAUUGAGUGCUGUUUGUGUGAAUGUUGAGGAGACUGCUCUGUUUUCAGCAUUGGGUUGAGUGUAACAAUGAACCAAUCAGAAUAAGGAUACUUGGAAGACAAAAAAGAAAUGAGUUUACAGAUGGAUUGUUAUUUUCUGCAUUUUGGAUUGUUACUUGUCAGCACUGCACCAAUUGUUAAAUCAUCCCCGCACUUCUCUUGAGUGAAGCCGUAAGAGUGGAUGAGUAGUUAAAUGUUGGAAAGCACAUUGUUCAAGUGAACAGCAGAUGGCGCCAACAGCACGUCUAUUUCAUUUGUUAGGGAGGAAAUCAAUUAAUCUUUAAGAUUGUCACUAACUUUCAAUACUGAAUAAUAUUUUCCGCUGUCCCUGUCUUAAAGCAGUAUUUAUAAAAAAGUUUGGUGUGUGUGCAUGUUUUUCCCCAGAACAACAAAAUUGUUACUGUGGUUAAAUUGCACACCCAAUGUACAGAUGUAUGAACAGUAGGCCUGUCACGAUAACAAAUUUUGCUGGACGAUAAUUGUGCUACAAAUUAUCGCCGAUAAACGAUAUUAUUGACACCGUUUUUUAAAUUAUAGAUAAUGAUAUUAAAUGGCAUAAUAAUGCGAGUACACCGUGUCAAAAGUGAUAAACUUUAAUUUUACCCACGACGAAGACGUAACGUUGACGAGCUAAACAUAAGUCGGAGAUGACUAAAAUGUGACGAGAUGAAAGUGCGUUUACGUUGAUGGGACGAGACGAAAAUGACGAACAGAGUUGCAAAACUCAGUCAGUUAAACGCUAAACAUAUAGGAGCAGCUUAGGUCCGCUCUGACAGCUCUCAUCAGCCUGCUGUGCUCCUCCAACACACAGACACACACGAGCGCGCGCGCAAACACGUGGAGUUUUGUGGUUGACGAAAACAAAACUGGUUUAAAGCCGAAAUAUUCCCACACUUGGGCUGUUGCGUUCGGUUUAGACACCAAAGCUGUCGUGUUCAUUCUGUUUGCUUGCUUUUCACUCACUACGCUCACUUGCAGCACUGUAUCCAAAAGUCUGUGUGCCUGUGCGCGCCUACGUGUACCUGUGCGCGCGCCCCCCCCCGUGACAAAGACACUGAAUGACUGACAGGAGGGUUCACUAACUCCGUUCAUUCCGCUAUAGAGCCAACGCCCCCAGGUGCCGAGAAAAAUGCGCAGAGUGAGACCUCCUCUCUCAUCCAGCGUGUUUGGUAGCGAGAGAGGAGGAAAACAAACGCACGUUAAUUAUCGAGGCUGGCAAAAUGACCGACCUCGUUUUUAUUUACCGAGCGAUAAGGCGAUUUAUUGAUUAUCGCGACAGGCCUAAUGAACAGUAAUCCUCAAAGUGGGCAGCCCAGGUUCAAUUCCAGCCCUUUGUCUCCUGUCAUUUUCCUCUCUCUAUCCCAGGUUUCCACUCUAUCCACUGUCCUAUCCCCUCAGUAAAAGCAGAAAAUCCAAAAAAAAUAGAUUUAAGAGAAAAUUUUUCAGGAGAUCAAAUUGUAAAGAGGCAGAAGAAAAGUUUAAAUAACUCCAAUGGAUAAUCAGUUGUAAACUAUCAAAAUACUAUCCAUCUGUUUGAUGAUUAGAGUCAGGAUUAUUCCAUCCAGUCUUGUUAACUGUGAAUAUUUCCUUGUGUCCUGCUUGUCUCCUACACAGUACAGUGUUGCACACCAAACUAUCAUGUUAGACUUUUUGCAAGUCUACUAACAAUUUCCAUCAUUUCCUGGUGAAAUCAGUUGAUUGAUUAACAGAAAAAUACACAAGAGGUUAAUCAACAACCAAUUUAAUCUGCACUUGAACAGGAAAACAUUCACAGUGUUAAUGUGUGUGUGGCUGUACUGCAGUAGAGGAUGGAUUGACCUUCACUGCCCGACUUGUCUGGACUCAAAGUCUCCUGUUCCACAUUACUAUUCUCCACAGGUUGUGUCCCUGCCUGACAGUGUGCAUGCCUCCAUACACUUGCACUGGUCAAAUUAUGUGCCAGCAUCAGCGUACGUGAGCAUCCUCUCAACAGCUCAGUGUGACAGAGUCCUUGGUUUACUCCCUGUUCCUGUCUCCGUCUUGUCUUUUCAGAAAAUAGUCUUUGUCCUCUACUCGUCUUCUCCCCUCUUCUUCACCGUCUGGCUGGGAUAAGCACAAGGAGGUCCAUGGAAAGAGCUGUAAAUGGCUGAGGAGCUGUGUACUGGCUGGUUUCGCAUCAUUGCAGGUACAGUAGGUAAACCCUCUCACUUGACCUUUGAGUACAGCACAUCUCACCUCCUUUAGCAGGGGGGGAGGUGAGGUGAUAUGAUCUUGUGUGUGUUCUCAAAUGUCUGAUGCUUGUGGGGACACAGGUUGUGAGUUAAUCGCUUUGUAUCGACUGCAGAUGAAAAUGUGUGCGGCUAAACUGUAAAAUAAUCAGUUAUCUAACCUUCACAUUUGUUUGACCUCAUUUAUUUUGUAUGUAACAGGUAUGAUUGUUCGCUUGCUUAUGAUAUUUGUGUGUGCGUAUCUGCAUGAUUGCUGUGAAGUGUCUUUGGAGAUGCAUUAAAAACACUCUGGUUCUGCCAUUUAGAGAGAAAAUGAAAGCAAGUCAAUAAAAAAGAAGCAACUAUUCCCAUGGUAACCAGGCACACAUCUUUUAUUGAAAUCCAGAUAAUACACCCACACACACAAAAAUAAAAUCAUGUGGUGAAAUUGCACUUAAGGAAAACUCGCCUGUACAAGUGGAUAGCAUUCAUGCCAGAAGGGACUUUCAUAGGGCACUGUUAUCAAAUAGGGGGUGUGAUGAGAUCUUACGGCAUGAGAUUUCAUGAGAUUUAAGAUGAGAUUUCUGUGUCACUAUGUCAACAAAUAACAGACCUAGAGCCGCAGUCAGCAUGACAGAGUCCGACACUGAACUCAGUAUUAGCAUGGAUGCUCACUUUUGCAGCCAUUUGUGUUGCAGCAUUUUAGGUACCCAGUAACAGCUUUAAACAGCGACAGUGACAGAAAAGACACAAUGCACAUUAUAAAGUAAAGCUGCCUGUUAUGUCGUCCAUUACGUGCUUUGCAUACACAAUAAAUCUUGGAACUGUUGUUUUCAUCUUCGUGUUGGUGUCCAAGCAGAAGCCGCCGCAGCUCCUGUCACAAGUUAAUCAUAGAGGUUGCCAAGCGACAAAUAUUUAUAUGCUGUGUUGUUACCUGAAGCAAUAGCUUGAAGAAACAGUUGGGCUCUGUUUGCACUUUGAGUUGUGAGAGAGUACACCUUGAUUAUGGUUUGAACAAUUCAUCUGGUAGAUGAUUAUUAAGAAUGUAAUCAAAAACUUGUUUUUGUUUUAUAUCAGGAAGAGUUCAACAAUAUGUGCUCUGGUAUUAUGUUCAGCUAUCGUCAGCUUAGUGUUUUGAGUCAAAAGCAUGUCUCAAUGCAAACCAUAUGGCUAAGACAGUCAGACAGAGAUGCAACCCUGUGGAGGGUUUUAUUUUCAGGAGAGAAAUACUCAACAAUCACCACCACAGUCACAGAUAUCGAAAACUUUUUUGCAGAGCCCAUCAUUGGAUACAGAGCUUACAGACCAGUGGAAAGUUAAUGUACAGAGAUUUCCCACUCUGUCAAAGCUGGCACAUCAGUAUCUCUGCAUACCAGGAACAGUGGUUCCUCCUUAGCACGUGUUUUUCCAUUCAGUGCUCUUAUUGCAGUAACUCCAAAUGUGGUAGUUUGAGCCUCACUCUUUAUUACUUAAUGUCUCCAGAUAUUAUUUCCAUGAGGCCACUCCAAAUAUUUAUAUCAAGUGCGUUAAACAAUUUGUACACCUCAACAUGGUGAGUAGAGUAGCCAAUCAAUACCAUCAGUUAAAUUUAUAAUGUUGCCAUGGAGGGUAUAUGAUUUAAGAUUUAAAAAUACAUUAGGUAUUGUAUUUGUAAAAUUUAUAGAAAAAUCUUUGAGUUUGUAUUUCUAUUCCUGUUCGGACAAUAUCUAUAUGCAUUUGAAGUAAAUAAAACCAAUAUGUAUCUUCAUAUAUGAGUGUUAAAAAAUUUGAUUAUGAAGAUUGUCAAAAAUGGCACUACUUUCUGAUUAGUUAGAUAUAAUGUAAAUGAUGUAUCACACCUCACAGUUAAUGACAUAUCUGUUUGUUUGUCUUCAGGCUGCUCCACGCCUGCAGCUCCAAAAACAGAGCUUAUAAGGCAUUAGGCUUUAUUUAGCAAAUCCUCCCUCCCCUCCUCCUCCCCCGGUUCUAUACACCUCCACUAGUUGGCAUAGCAGCAUUUGUGAGUAGAUUUAUCACAGAAAUUACACAAGUAAACGGCUUGACACCCUACAGUGAAUGUGUAGUAUGGAUCAUUGAUGGAGGACCAGUAAAUUAAGGGACGUCCAGAAUACUUAAACCUUCACAACAGUGUAAGAAUAGUAAACAUCUCCAAUGACUCUCAUCAAACACUAGAUGGCAGUGCAGGAGAAGAUGCCAGUUGUCUUGCUGCCAAUUAAAUCAGUUGGAAUUAGAGAAGCUGAAAUUGGGGGGAGAAAGAUAAAAUCAUGAGAACUGGAGAAUGAGAGAACAGAAAAGUUAGUGUUAAUACAAGAGCAGGAGGCAGCAAUUCAGAAUGGGCAGGGGGCACGGAAGUCAGUAAAUACAGCUUUAGAGGAGUAAAGGGGAGAGAAAAGGACAAGGGGGAGGGGAGUUAAGGCUGGGGGCAGGGUGGGAGGGUGAGGGACCCUCUGUUUGGGAGCAUCUGCUGGGUGUUAAGACAGAGGAGCUGGGUGAGGAAAGAAAGAGGGAUGAAAGGAGGGAGGAGGCAAGUGACAGAUUGGGCCACUGUGGCAGCUUGAGAAAAAUAACCGGAUAAAAACAGGGAAAAUGGAGAAAUACGCAAGUUAAAAGAAAAGAGGUGAUAAAUGAGAGAAAGAGAGAAGGAGGUUUUAUUUAGAGGGGGUAUUAUCACGUGGGAUUGAGCAUGACUUGGGAGGAUUCAGUGGGCAUGGAGAGGCACACAGCUGGCUCUUUUUAAAGCGUGGCUGAAGAUGGAGAGAUAAACAAAGAGACAUAAAGACAUUUGUCCAUCUGGAGGAAUUUAGCUGCCACAUUUUUUCUCAUAAAUAUGUAGAGUUUACAGUAUAUGAUCACCUUCAAAUAAUCAUAUUUUAAACUAAUCUCUACCACAUGAAAAUCUCCUCUAAAAUUUAAAAUGCAUCUACCUAUAUUUGCCAUGAAAGCUGUUGUUUACCUGGUCCAGAGGAAAAGGAUCACGUUGCCUGUCAGUAGAUUACUCAUCAAAGAUCAAUAUCAAGGUUUUGUGGCUUUAAAAAGUGCUGCAGUGUGGUUCUCUUGGUAUGUUUGCAUCCAGAUGAAUCGUAUUUUUUUCAAUCAAUCAGUUAUUUGCAUAGAUUUCAUUCAUAACUAAUGUUAUUGUAUGAUAACUUGCACAAAUGGCAGGUUUAACUAAAAAGUUUGUUUUAUGUAUCACUGAAAACAUGAACAAGAGCAUAAAUAACAACUACAAAUGUGAAUUAUAGCAAUUAAAAAUUCACAUCAACAGUUAUAAUAACGUUAAAAAUUGAGCUGUUUGAUAGUCAGUUAGCAUUUGUUCAAUACUAACAAUAUUACUUCUAUUACUGUUACUUUUACCACCAUUAACGACCAUUACUAAUUAUUCUGCACUCAAACAGCUCACUAUAGCAAUUCCUAGUCAGUACUCUGAUAUACCCUAUAUUAUUUCUGUGUUGUUGCUCUUGUUUUCUAGGUUUUGUCUAAUUGUCAGUCUCCUCUUCUCUUGUGUUUGUGCACACACACAUACACCCCCUCCUUCACUCUCAUUCUCUCCACCACCUCCUAGAAAACUAAUCAACACACAAACACACACACACAAACAAGUGCAUAACUCUAUCCAGGGGCUGAUCUGUCAUUGACCCUGCUUCCUGCUUGCCGCUUGCAGUUGUAGCUUGCGUUGCUGCGACGUCACGUUGAUCGAUCCUCACCCCUGUGCAUUGAGAAAGUAGAGACUCAAAGUAAGAAGGGGACUGAAAGAGAGCAGCACAGAAGGAGGAGGUGGAGGAGGAGGAGGAAGGUGGGAGGAGAGAAAGGGAGAGGGCAGAGUAAAACCACACCUUUUUGCAAGGGGGCGGGACUCAGGCAGGGGAACACAGGCUGCUACUACAGGAAUAGUCACUGUGCAGGAGGGUGCAGGGUAGAUAUUUUGUGCAGUGUUGUGUUAAUAUGUGGCUUUAGAGUCAGUGUCUAUGUGCGCUUGUGUGUGUAUGUGUGUGUCUUGAACAUGGGUUGUCACUUGGCUCACACCUGCAUGGUAGUCUCUCUGCGAGCAAAUAAUUGAUGUCAUUCACCGCUGAGCAGGCUCGGCUCUCUGCACUGACAUAAGGUAGGAUGAAGGGGAGGGGUGCAUGCGGUGUUUGUGUGUGUGUGUGUGUGUGUGUGUGUAUAGGAUAUUUGUGUAUCUUCUGUGUUUGCUCUGUACAUGUCUUGUGGCAUCUUUGUGCCCCUAUUUGGAUAUGUAAACAUGUCUUCUGCUUGACAAAUAAUUCUGCACACACACUGAACACACACAGAGGUUACUAAUGUAGUGUUCUCUUGGGCCAUGGUGUCAGGAGACUCAAGCUGUAUGCCAUGUGACUCCACUAAAGGCUGCUGGGAUUGGCUGAGGCCAUCUCUGACCUCAGCAAGCUGCCUCCGCCCCUACUCAACACUCCCACCCCCCUUUACCAAACACACACACACAUACAUACACACAACCCUCCCUCCCUGUCAGUCUCUCCGCCUCCCUCCCUCUCUCUACCCUGCGUCUGUUAUUUAUUUUUUUCCUCCGGUUAGAUUCUCCCCCUCCUCUCAGCAUCCUCGGCUGUAGGUUAGAGCCGCAGUAGCAGCAGCAGUAGCAGCAGCAGCAUCAUCCAUGGCUUAAGCCCGGGCUCUGAUUCGGCAGCUAGUCCGGCCAGGCCCCUACCCCUCCUCUCUCCUCUUUCUGUUUUCUAUCUCUCAGUAUCUCUGACCCUUCUGGGAUAGUUGACAAGCGACGUCUGGGAGUGUUUGAGGCUUACAUUUAGCCAGGGCGUUAGCCACAUGCACACGGCUGCUCUGCUGCUCAUCAAUUCUACUGUAUCUCUCUGGUAACCGGGGGCUUCUUCUCCUCUCCCCCUCCCGCCACCUCCUGUUUUCAUUUCAGGCUCCUUGGAGAUAGAGGAAUGCAAAUCUGCAACCAUGAUGGAAGGUAAGAUGAUCUUUUUUUAUACAUAUAUAUAUAUAUAUUUUUUUUUUUCUGUUCUGCUCAGGGUAAUCCCCCCGCCCCCCCCAUGUCCUUGUCCUACAGCGCUUUAUCUGCUGGCCAGCAUGUAUGCGUUUGGGACGUUUAAAUGUCAUAAGCUGCCCUGCUAUUUUGAGUACAUACAUUCGGGUGACUUGCACGUUAUUCUAAGGAAAAGGGUUCAGCCGCUGAAUGUCUACCACAGAGGCACAAUAGCAAGGCUAAUUGAACCGUGUGUACCUUUUGUCACUAAAUGUGUUUUGUGUGUGUGCAAAUGUCUUAGUAACCCCCCCCCAAGCCCCCCCAUUUCCCGCUUCCCAUCGUAAAGGAUUAUUUGGAUUUAUUGUGCAGGACGGCUUAUGUACCCAGCUGGCUCACUAGUAUGAAUUCUCUUUGUAUGGUGUUAAAAAACAGACACUCACUCAUACAUACUCAAAGCAAUGUAUGACUCUGCCCACAGUACAUUGCCAUUUGACCCAGCACUAGUGAGUAAGCAUCGCAUGUCUGUAUAGGAAGGUUACGUAUAUGCAUUUGUUCCCACCCAUGGUCGGCCUGGUCCAUCUAUUUUGGGUUGAGUGUAGUGAGGAAAGAGAGAAUUGAUGAGUGUUUGAGUUCCAUGUCCCUUUAAUUGAUGACAUCAUCAGAGGGGAAGGCCGGUGAUGGAGGGAUGAAUCCCUACAGCUCUGCAGCUGGCACACGAAACCCUCCAUCCAUCCAUCUGUUCCAUAUGAUGACUCCUAUUUCUUAUCCUUGACUUUUUUCUGUCAUCCUCUAUCAGAGACUACCGGCUAUUUGUUUACGCAGAGCAUCAGAGAUGUGUUGACUUUUACUGAAUUAACCUUGAGUUAUGUAAGCUCUCAGACUCAGUGAUACACAGGCAGCAUUUUGUAGCAGUGAACAUGUGAAAGUAGGGAUCAGCCAUUUUUUAUCGCGUCCCUGCAGUUAUUUACUUUUCCUUUUGUUUCUGUGUUUUUUAUUGUUUAUUUUCUGCCUCUGAUCCAAAGAAAUCUCAAAUGUCAAAGCUGUCGUCAUUCAAGCCUGUUUAUGCUGCUUCAUUUAGAAAAUGAACUCCAUAUCAGUAUGUCUGCUGCUCAGGAAGAAUCUCAUUAGCUCCUUGUCUGGCUGUGCUUGUGCAUGUUUGUUUGUUAGUGUUACUAAAGUGGUCAAAUUUUAACUAUGGUUCGAAGUGAGGUUGUUUACAGAAGCAUUUGUGGGGACAUUUUCUUUUAAGAGCAGAUUUGAUAGAUAGAAACAUUGGUAUAGAUUUCAAAGGAACAGCUUUCUGAUAAUUGACAGUUUCUUGCAGUUUGAAAUUUAGCCUUUUUUACAGUCUAUACUCUCUAAACACAUUUUGUGUUGAUGCCAAGUCUAUACGCUUUACAUGUGAUGCAUGGCUCUGGAAAGAAGGGGGUCAUAUUUACAAAUUAAGAAAGAAUAUAAUACCCACAAGCCCACCAAGUGAGCUUAGUUGUUCAAGUGUAAGGUUAUCUUUUCAAAUACGAGGCAAAUACAUGGCUGAUUAUUGAUGUUUACAUUCUUUAUCACCCACAAAAGGAGAGAUAAGUCUGAAUAGAUCACCAUUUAAGUUCAAUAAGAUUUUAAAUAGUUAAGAUGGCUAUUGCAACACUGAUGGGUUCUCCACAAUGUAUGAUAACAUUGUGAAAAACUGCCAUGUUACUGCAUCAUCUUAGGAGCAGUUUGUGAUAACAACAGCCGUGACAAAAUCACUGUCUGUCAGAUAUAGGUCAUCAUACAAAUUACAAACUACCCAGUGGAGGUUAUGAUUAAGAUGAUGACCAGAGUGAAGGCUUCUUUCCUUCGCCUUGUCAGCGCUUGGUCAGAGAUGUACACACUCAGAAUAUGAAGCUCAUGCUGUGCAAAUCUGCAGGUCCACAUGCAGAACAGAUAAUUAUAAAUAAUGGAUUUCCCAGUGCCUGUGUGAAAUAAGCCAUGGCUGUGGUGUUGAGCUUUAAGUUUUCUCUUUUGUAAAUGGUCCGUGAAUCAGUGUCUGUUUCUGAGGUUAAGCCCGGCUUCUGCACAUUUCAGAUCAGUGAAAACAACAGCGAUGUGUCUUGUGUUUAUGGGGUGUCAAUUGAUAAUGCAGGCAAUCUCUACCCUUCUGUUAAAUUUAUAGUGUUUAAUCAUGAUUUAUCGAAAUGCAGGGCUGGGCAAAGUUAUACAAUAAAUCACCUUUUAUCUGGAAGAAUACACCAGCUUGACCUGGAGGUUAAGGUAUAGAGAGCUAAUCCAACACUUCCCCCCUCCCCUUCAUGCGUGCUGCCCUGUCAUCGACUGCAUUUGUCACGAGCCAAGUUGUUAGGUAACAGUUGAGAAGAAAAAAAAAACUGUCUGCAAACUGCUUCCCUCACAUUAGCAUGGCUAGCUCAGGCUUAGCAUGGACUGUGUGGGGGCAGGAUUACAGUCAGGUGUUAAAAUUGGAUGCUAAUCCUUGUUAGCUCUGCUUUUUAAAGCUCCAUGCCACGUCCAGCGUGGUUGUCCCUGGAUAACUCACGGGGCAUAAAGCAUGGAGUAGUAUCUUCUUUUCAGUUCAAAGGGAAAUGGGUAGUAAUUAAUAGUUUGAGCUCAUGUCAGUGAUGAAAAAAAACUGGGUGAAAUGUGACCUGUAAGUGAUGAUGCCAAAGAGCACAUUUCUAUAAGUGUAAAAAAGGAUAUGCCUCAGUUACGUUUUUCUUCAUAAUGAGAUAGCCUGCUCCUGUCAUUCACCUCUGCUCCUUACAGUACUUACCUUGCUCAUUUUCAACGAGUUUCUUGGAUUACCUGCGAGAAGGAUUACGGUAUCAGUGUUGGUGCACAGUGUGUGGACAGCAUUGCAAGGGGAUGUCAUUUUAAGUAACAAAUCUCCUGCAUGCUUUCCUGUACUCACGAGAGCCUGCACUUAUGUGUCAUUUACUCAGCUCUCCUCAAGGUAAUCAUUCUGGUGCAGCGUGGGAUUUCUGUUUCAAAUGGACUCUGAGGAUAGCAGUUAGAGGAGGAGGCUUAAACAUGAUCAAGAUAAAAACAAAGCCAAACAGAUCCAUUUUGAAUGUUAUACUUACAGACAAGAAGACAUCAGUGAGGGCUCCUAGAUAACCUGUAGUUAAAUGACAGAUACUGAGAAUGGACAUUUUUGGAUUAAUUCUGUUUUAUUUAGUAUAAAAUUUAUGGUUGAUUGUAAGACAGUUUGCUGUUCAUAUUCUUGGUCUCCAGAAGAUGAGUCCUGUAUCACUCCCACUUAACCAAGGCCUUCCUUUUCACAGAAGACAUGAUGUGAUAUUGCCUCAAACCCCCUAAGUCAAAAUUAACAGACACUUUCUCUCCACAUUCAGUCCAAAAUGCAAAAAUGUAAACAAAGUUUCUCAAACUCCACUAAGUACUCUGGUGCCCCAAAUGGGAAAACCCUUUGAUUUUAACUAGCCUAUGGUAUUUCCUGUUGCUCCAGUCUUUAUAGAAAGUGGACAUUGUUGUCCUGGCACUGAUAAGCCUCUAAGAAACGCAGACUCUGUUUGUUGUUCUUCAGCAUGUUGUCAGAGUGUUGUUGACUCAGUCCAACAAUUUUGUGGGUAGUAAUGAACACUGCAAUGUCUUAUGGGCGUUUGCAGGGCUUCAGACUUGUAGUCUUGUUAAUCCUGGUUGGGAAUCAGACUGUCACAGGGAGGCCCAGUACUUAAAGCUUGCCAGGCUGCAGAGUAAAGGGCAGAGAGGACACAAGGCCAUAUGGUGGACUUUAUUAAAUGGUUUAUUACCUCACUCUACAUGACAUGAUCACUUAUGAGCAUUUAUUAAGUGGUUUUGACCCUGGCAGGGACUCUCAAGGGAGUGAAUUAACUCUCUAUACCUAUAUAUUUUUUCUGUAGAAAUCCAUUAACUUAUCUGUUCCCUGACCACUUUAUAUCUAUAUAAACAGCAUACAAGUAUUAAUGGGCAUAGCCUCUCAGUCGGCUUCUCAUUAUUAUCCUAGCCUGUAAAAGCAUGUCUUGGUUUAGUUGUGAUAAACACAACAUGAAUUGUUCCUAAUGUCCCGUCAGGAUUACCACUGUUUGUGUCUGUGUUGGUCUAUUGAUAGCACACGGAUUACAAAUAUGUUUACCCAUCAUUACUAUACUAUCAAUCAUAGCUGGGUUAUAUUUGUAUAGAAAUGAGCAGAGUAAGAAAACAUGCAGCGCUGAAAGAGUUUGCUUUAGUUUAUGAGUCCUCAAUGGUGACUCCAGUGACAGUAAUCAUGCACACUCUGCAAUCUACAGUUCAUCAGACAUCAAUAUGAUUGCCUUGCAAAUCAUCAAUUCUAGUAGAGUCACUCUUUUGUGAUAUUAUAGUAAGCAUGAGCAUUGUAUGUGGUGUCUAAUCAUGAGCUACCCCUGGUUUCCCCUAGUUUAUUCUUUAUGUUCAGGGCCAGUUCGAGCUGUACAAUAAAUUGAUCACAGAUUAAUUUGCAAUAUGCAAUAAACAGGAAGAAAAAUCUAGAGUUGCUCCUAUUGUAACUUCAUUCUCCCCUCAUUCACUACCUGUAGGGACUAACACACUCAACAACAACAUGGCUGCUAGCAUGGGUGAAGAGUUUAUUCCCAAAAAAAAAGGCCUGGUCUGGUCAGUCAUUGGGAACCGGUUUGGUUUUCCAGACCUUGAACAAACCACUGUAUUUUGGGUCAUGAUUUUGUCAUUUGUACUCAUAUUUUAGGAGAAAAAGACAAAUUGAUAGAAAUUGUAAAAUGAGUUUUUUUGUAAAGACCUGACAGUUUAAUUUUCAAGCCUAUAACGCCCAGCCCUAUGACAAAGCUCAAGGGGGCCUUUUUUUCCUGCAACACAAGCAUGAUAACAGCAGCUUGGUCAUGCUGCAGUGGUAUCAUCUGUUCUUUCACGGAGUCGUGACGGUGGACGCGGGAGGCUAAUGCUGAGCUCAGUUUUAUAAACAUGCAGCUGUUUUGGCCUCACUCACACAGUCACAGUCAUAUUUUAUUACCACUCUCUCAUUCACUUUGAGAUGUGCUGGAAAAAGAUCAAUGACCUUAAACAUGGCAGCACAUCCCCGGUGGCUCUCAGGAAGGCUCUGCUUCCAUAUGGUUUCCAGGGUAACGACCACGAGGCUGACUCAUGUCUCUUUGGCUGAGUAGAUUGACAGAGGCUCCUAAGUGAAAUUUUGUAUUGGUUUCUGAGUAAAUACUUGUUUGUUCUGUCAGUGAGAGCAGACAAAUAUAAAGGCUGUUGUAUCAGUAUAUCCAUGUUGUGAAAAACAUUGUGAGUUGUAUGAAUCUUCUCCUGAUGUUUUAUUUGCAGGAACUGCUACGCUGCUCUCUGUUACAGUCCCAAAUGAGUAAUUCCAUGUCUCGCCAUUGGCUCAAACACACAAAUUAUGUGGGCUGAUGCAUUGGAAACAGCCCUCGGUGGCCUUGCAAAAAACUUUAUGAUGGUAUAUGUAACAGAGUAGAGUAGCUUCUGUGGAUGGGAAAUGCAGAAAUAUAUCUUCCCGCUAUCCACCGGAUUUGUGCCACCGAUUCUCCCUCUUGACUCACACAUUGAGUCUGUUUUCCCCAGCAUUACUUUAAUACUGUUCGUCACGGACACAGCCAUGGUAGACUUGCAAAUCUAUCCAUCCACAUUUUCACGGCAAACAGAUGCAGUAAUUGUAAACAAGCCUUUAUGUUCUCACAGAUCCUUAGAGAUGUAUUGUUUGUCACUCGGCAUACAGAGAGCGAAAGAUUGAAGAAAUCAAGCUGCAGGGCUGUUGCUCUUAAGGAAAUUCCUAAACUGGAGCACAGUAGGAGUGGCAUAUCACUGCUUUAAUAGCAUGCAAUUACAGUAUGUAGUAAGUGUGUAUAUUAACAUGUGGCCCCAAAGGAUGGCUAAAAGGCCAUGGCUAAAAUGCAGUGAGUUCUGAAAUGUCUGCAUGUUUGAUAGCAGUUUACAGAUGGAUUUGUCUUAUGACUGAUGUGGGCACGUGUUAAUUGAAAUAAGUACAAAGGAAGGCAAGAUGAUGGAAAAGCCAUUUAGUUUUGUGCGAGUAUUUGUUGUGCAUGGAUGCCAACAAAACAGAAGACAAUGGCUGUAUGAAAAAAAUAUGUGCGAUCCUUAAAUCUUCAAAGUGCAUACUUUUGAGUGUCUUCCUCACAAAGUGUGUCAGACACACUGAGGAAAACCCAUUGUUGAAUCUGCCGCAGUACAAUGGGACUAUUGUGACUGUGCUCAACAAUAAGUUUGUCAGAGAACCAAAUGAACUUUCCCACAACAAAGACACGCAGGGGCAGAGACUCAGAAGAGGAAGAGCCGGAGGGAGAAUAGUCAAAGUCAAUCUGCUUGAGCUUGUUCACGCUCUUCCUGACACCAUAUUCAUUUAUUAACUCAGUCAUUCAUAGACACAACAUCCUCAUGACAGCCCUUCCAAAUUUCAUCUUGUACUUUGCCCGGUCACAUCUACUCAAAUGCACACAAACACACACACACACGGACAAUGUUAUGUAAUGAAGCCAAGGAUCCAGUGCCAGAUAAACAGAGAUGUUUGUGUAAUCCUGUAGCAGCUGGGGGGUUGCUUUUACUGCAUAUUCAAAUUGUUUCCUGAAUGACAGAUCAGACACUGCUUAAAAUAUGUUUGUAAAAACAACCGGUUGAACUGCUUUAACUGUUCCUGUGUUUGAGCAGAUCCCCCUUUAACAUGGAGAAGUUAGAAAAGAGAAGCGCCACACCACGAAUAUUUAUAUCGCAAACAGCAUUCACGGUUCACUUUUGACUUGCAGUAUUUUUGUUUUUGUGUUUAUUAAUUAGCUUGCAUUCAUUAUGUUUCUCACAGUCCCAAAAUUAUGGUCCUGAACGUGCUGACCUCUGCUCUGCUGACACAUAAUAUUGCUCCAAAUUGGCUCUGUUUGUGUGUGCCUGAGAGUCCAAGUAAACAUCCAAUCACUUUGUGCUAAAUUGAGGGAAGUCGACUGUGUCAGUGUCAGAUUUCACACAGUUCUUUAACAUGAAGAGAGGUGAAGAGCAAUAUGAGGAAGCACCACUAUCUUUCAGAUCUGAGCUGUGGUCGACAGUAAACAAAAACAAGCCUGUCUGCAAACAUUAUUUUGCAUGUGUCCGUUACUCCAGUAGAAUUUAGUAGAUAUAAUUAAUAUACUGUAUUGUUACUAAAACAGUAACAGAAUUUAUAUCACACACUAGCCAGAGUCGGUUUUAGAUUUGAUAUGCUAUCACUAGGGAGAAAUGUAUCUGUCAUUAGGAAAGAUAAUGGUGAUUUGGCCUUGUGGGGGCUUAUGCUGCUAUGAUUCCAAUUAUUUGAAAGUACCAUCAAUCAGCCUUAUGUAUUGGCUAACUAAUUAAUCUGUCUAUCUCUACUUAUACCUACAAAUAUUAUGAUUCUAUCUUUGUAAACUAAUUUGAUAUAAUACAAUAUAACAGUGAUGUAUAUGACAGGAAAUGUAUUUUUUAGAAUAAAGAAAUCAUUAGGAAUAAAUUUUGAAAAAUUGUAUUAUUCCCCCCGAUAUUCCUGUAAAAUUACUCAAAACACCUAAAAAUGAAAUCAAAAAAGCGAAGUGUGACAGCCUGGGCCAUCAGAUAACCAGAAAACUGAGGUAGGUGUUGAAAAGUGGACUAACUGUAUUGUUGCAUCUCCAGUCCACUCACAGAUAAGAGGAGCCUGCUGUCAAAACAGUCAGUGAUUUAGUGUCAGAGACUCAUGCUCUUAUUUAAUCAGUGGAAAAUGUUAAAUCGUGAAAAGACAGCCUAGUUAUUGUGUCUGCUGCAGCAGCGCUAAUAUCGUCAAUGUGAUAGCACCAUGGGUGCCUUUCUGUUGUAGUUUAUGACAUAACUAGAGCAGGGAAGUCUCUGGUGGAUCCAUCAUCUUGCAGACUUCAGGCAAAAACCAAAUAGAUGUUGCCCGGUUGAUCAUUCAGCUUCUGAGAUGUUAUGUAAAAUAGUUCAGUGUCUCAGAGUGUGCUGUCUGUUUGAGUGACGUAUUAUCAGUCUGUCCUUGCAGACACAUUAGAAGGACGUGUUCAGGUCACAGUCUAGAUCCUCUCUUCGCUUUAUUUAUGUUAUCUCUUUGUCUUUCUACAGUCAAACUCACAUUGAAAAAUCUGCCUUCAUAAUACUGUCUUUUGCAGUUUAGCUAAAAAGACAAUCCACAGCACCCAAUUAGAGGAGAGACACUCAAUGACUGAGAGUCACACAAAGAAGCUGACGCAAGCAUGGAGAGUGGAGGAAAAUGGGGUGUGAAAAGUGUGCUCAAACAUCACUGUCAGGAUGGAGAAGAUAACAAAAUUCUGAUGUUAGCUUCAAAAAACAGGAGAUGAAGUGAGUUUCUAUGUCCUGGUAGGAUAGCGUGAGAGGGGAAGAGAUACAUGGAGAGCAGCAAUGCGUGUCAGAGCCCUGGAGGGAGAGGGCAAGAUACAGAAGGAGGGGACGAGGACACGAUCAUUAUGAAAGGCCUGUAUUUUUGUUGAGUCACUUCCUCGCUCGUGGCUGUUUUAGGGGUCUGAUCAGCAUGUGAGGCAGGAAGACUCAGGGUCCAGUUUGUUUUGUUUCAUGUCAUCUGUCUGGAUAUUUAUCUUGGUUCUACAACACAGGUUCAGCUACUCAGGUUUUUGUCGACAUUUCUGUGUCCAAAACAGCUCAGUCCAGGUCGGCUAGUGCAUUAUUAUUUCUGCUUUCACUGAGGUUUGUCUUGCAGAUGAGGAAAGGUGGAGACACCUUUCACCUUCACCCAUUUCACCCCCUCUACAUCUCUUAUUUCCUGUUAUCCAGCUGGUGUGAACAACAUGUUAACUCUUUUCCUUUCCUACCCCCUUUUCCUGUGUUUCCCUCUUUAUCGAAAGAGAGGGGGGCCAUACCCGGGGAACCCUUAGGGAAGUUGGAUUUAUUUGGUCAUAUAAUAUUAAUGUGCUUCUCUGCAUAAUGUAUUCAGCUCCCUAGCUGACAGUUAGUGCUUGGCUCAAUUUCCCUUUGAGUUGACUUGAUUAAUAAAUUAACAUGAAAUCUUGUUGCAGUGAAAUGGAUUAAAAUUGUGUGGUGGUUAUUUUUUUUGUCUCUUAUCAGACAGACUGCCACACCAAUCAUGUUCUAAUAAGACAACUUAGUGUGUUUUUAAAGUACUUCCUUACCUUUUAACCUGCUCCGUCUUCCUCAGUACAUAAUCCCCAUUCUCAGCAUACCUUUCAAAAAGCCCUAAGGAAGUAGCAUGAUUUAUUCUGUGUGGGAGUAGAUGUGUAUAGGAAUGUUGAAAGGGAGGAACUAGAGAUGUACAAAAUGUUUUCAAUGAAGAUAAACUGUCACCAUGCCCCUUUUUCUUAUACUUUAUCAUUCUUGUCCACUUUGUUAGGAACAAAAUAUAGCGACUCAUCUAUUUUUCAAGUGUUUUUUACUUUUUUUUUAUUUUUGGACCAAAGUAAAAAGGCUUUGCUUUUACAUCCUAAAAGCUGAUGUGGAAAAUCUGCUUUUAUUGUUUGUAUUUGAGCUGUUGUGUUACAGUAUGUCCUUACAUCCUGGGACACUGGUACUUAUAUUAGGGGGAAUAAAAUGCUAUAGCUGCAUAGAACAAAAUAGGCCUUGAAAUAACAGAGACUGCUGACAUCAGUUUCUUGUUUCUUUCAAAGCAUCAUUUUUCAUCUCCUCUAUCCACCCUACUGCUGUUUUAUCAAUUUCUUAUAUGUCAGUAAAAAUAGUGUUUUCUGCAUCCAAGUGCGGGACGAACACCCUCCCUCCCUGCCAUAUCUCUGGUUGUGUUUGUGUUCAGCACUGCCUGUGCGUAUCUGUACUGUAUGGCUAAGAGGCGGGCCAGUGCAAACAGAUGUCAGUUUCAAUCAGUGGGUUAUGCACUCGCACAGUGACGCAGGGACACAGCUACAGGAAGAGAUUAGCAGUGUUUGGAUUGAUACUGGUCGGGUAGAGGGAUGUAGUGAUGAUGAAGGAGGGAUUGAAAGGUUGGAGGGCUGCUGGGAGAGAGUUGUAGGGUAAGAGGAAUGGGAUUCAUGAUGGAGGGUUUUAAGGGUGUGAUUAAAGAGAAAAACACAGCAUGUGUGCGAGCGUCUCGCCAGCUGUGUGACAUGUUUUCAGGCGUGUUUGCAUGGGGGGUUCCUGCUUAUGUGAGUGUUAGGCGUUAUGCACUCUAUGUGUACUUAAGGCUAACAUUUAGGUCAUGAAGUAGCUGCAGAAAACAUCCUCUUUUUUUCAUUUUUGUAAAAGCAUUUCAGCUUUUUGUAGCACAAUGUGUGUAUAUGAACUGAUGUGUGGCUGUUAAAAGUGGAGAAAUAAAAUCACAGUUGAGCUAUAACUUAUGCUUGUGUGUUUGCGCACUGUGUAUGAGUGUUGGAGAACAGUCUGGGGUAAUGAAUCUGUAUCUGUUGUGCGAAAUGUAGUAAUUGUGGAUGUGGGGCUGGGCGAUAAACCAAAAGUUUACCGAUACCGAAAUUUACGAUGAUAAGCGACGUCAUUUUGCCCAUGUCAAUAUAUUCAGUGUCAAAAAAAUAAAUAAAUAAAAGUUUUGGAUGUGUGUAGGUAGGCUAUGGUCUCGUGUCCCUUUAUGAUGCUGUCCUACCUCAGAGACGUGACUCCACCCCAUCCAGUCCAUAACAAAGAGGGAAAGACAGGUGAGGAGAUGGAGGACAGUUGUAGCGCUGGUGUGGCGGCUGAAGCAGACAAAGUUAAUAUGGGAGGGUGUAAAAACCUUGUGGAGUAGUUAUCGUCCAUUUAUCAUUAUCAAGGUGAACAGCUGAAUAUAUCGUGAUAUGGAUUUGAGGCCAUAUCUCCCAGCCCUAAUCAGAUGUUUAAAGACAAAGAUACAUUUUGAUUUUCCCUUCAUUAAAGGUUAUAAUCAUUCAGUCUCGAUCUAUCAUUUUUUAUGAUUGCAGAGGGCCAACAUCAUAACUGAAACUGAAAUUUGAUCAAUCGCCCAGUUCUAAUAGUAGCUGAUCAGUAAACGUAGCUAACUUUAUUUAUAAUGCAUUUAUACACGGAGUUUAAAACCAGGAGCAAUUUCAUGUUUAGUGCCUUCCCUAAAAAUCCAGUGGUAUUUGACCGCAGGAGCUGGAAUCGUACUGCUAAAACUCUGAUUGAGAAACGACCAGUCCUACCUUUGAGCUACAGCAGCCCCAGGCUAUACAAUAUAAAAUAAACUCCAAAUAUUAUGAAGUGUUUGGAAAUUUUCCAAGAAAUGAAAUCACAAGCAGCAAAACACCAGAGUGGGCACCCGUGGACCAAAUGUGAUGUGAGCAGGUUAAUGUCGAAAAAUGACCUCAAUUAUGAGGUGAUUGCUUCAGCAGACAACACAUCUGUGUUUGCAUGGAUGGAUAAUCCCAUAAAGGUGUGCAUGUCUGAGCGUGUGAUAAGUCAUAAAUGAUGCUGGAGAGACGGUCCCUCUGCCAGUCGUUGUCCCGGCAGCUAUCAGAUGGAUGACUCAUGGCAGAUAGGAUUUCAUUAGCAGACAUCAGACCUUCCACAGAAUAGAGGAGCCAUUGAUUUCCACCAUAUCAGCAGGGAGAGUGACAGGAGGGGGGGGCCUGGACUCUGGAGGCUGGGAGACAUGGGAGUUAGAGGCACACAGACAAGUGCAACUCAGAGAAAACUGUGCAUCAGUGAAACUUAACCACACAACACAAAGCACCUGUCUGUGCAACCCAGGCUGGGACAUAGUCAGCUGCGCAGUGUUCAGUCCCUGUGUCUAUUAUGAAAAAAUGGUCACCAAGGACUACAGAUAUUUCUGUCUUAAUAUGAUUCAGCUGAUUAAUUAGUUUCAGGAGUGGAAGAGGGAGUCGGAGCCUUUUUUUCUAUUAUCUUUCCCUAAAUUGUUUUCAUGGGGAGUGCACCUAAACUCUUGUAAUUCAGGUUUUUGACAUGCAGUAUUACAGUACAGCAUAGCCGUAAUUGUUUUUACAGCUAAUAAGAGUUACUAAACAUUCGCCCCCAGACCGUUCCAGUCAUGAAUCCAAUUACACGUUUUUUAUGUAUGUGUGUGUGUGUGUUUAAAGUGUGGUGUAAAAAUGACUUUCAUACUGUCUUAAAACAAAGGAAAUGGGUCAAUAUAACACAUUAAUUUCUGCCCUGUAAAUUUUUGUUGUUAAGUGUUAGCUUUGAGAUGACACCUCCAAGUGACUCACUAAUGUUGAUGUUAAUCUCACUGCUGCCCCAGCGGAGGGGAGACACUUGCAGACUCAUGAUGUCUCUUGAAAGUGAAACUGGGUCAUGUGGUGUGAUCUUUAUAUGAUACCUGAGAGUCUUGAGCUGUUUGACAAGAUCAGCUGAUGAUGAAUAGGCUGUUUAUGAAAAGAAGACAGACUCAUAAGAACAAGAUAAUUAAUAGAUAAAGAGAUAAAAAGACAGAUUUAUUUAAGUCCUGUCAAUAACAUUUAAACACAUGGCUUCAGGGGCUAACUUGGGCCAGGACUUUUCAUGACUCGGCACCCACACAUGGUCUGUUUGUAUACCUCAGUCAGACUUUUUUGCUGGGCUUGAAUGAGGAGAUGUUUUUCAAAUAGAGCAAAGUUUUUAAUUUCAGUUUUUGCUGUAAAAAUGAGCUUUUAAGACUGAGUGUGUAUGUGGCGUACAGUGCUUUUAGAGCCAGCCCCAAGUGGACACUCCCCCCCAAAAAAAAUCACAUUAUUUUGACUUUCAACAGUCAAAUGUAUCAUUUAUUAUGAAUAUUUUAUGUGGAAAUUUUAAAAAACAGGGCUGCUUCUUCAGCUGCUUGACAACUGACACCUACCCCCUCACACCAGUGUCAGACAUUAGAAACUACAGCAUAAAAAUCAACAAUCUUGCAACUGAUGGCCUUGUCUGUUAUUGUAAAUCAUAAAAAGGCAUCAAUAUGAAUUUCAGUCUGUUUCAUGGUCAUCACAAUACUCCCCAUCAGAGCUUUAAAUGUUUUGCAUAAAUGUAUACAUUUUGAAAUGUAAGAUUUUAAAGACCUUGUAUACGCAAAGCGUAUACAAGCUGUCAACAGCUGCAGUUUUUAGCUCUGAAACUGCCAAGACUUGAUCAGUAUUUUAGUUUACAGAACUAAGGGUUGUCUGAACUUUUAUACUAUUUUUUCAGUUUGUCAAAUUGUUCCUCCUUGAAGCAAAAAGCCCCAUCCAAUAAUAAAUGUGUCCACCCUCUUUAAAGCGAUUUAUGUUAACUCAGGUUGCUAUGUGCAGUUUGGCCAAAAUAGUGUGUAGUCUAUAUUCUAUAAGCGAAAUCUGUUUGACAUGUGUGCUUUUGCAGACAGUUCAAAAACAGUAACAGCGUGAGCAGUGGUGGGAAGAUGGAAAAAUAUGGGAGUCGAUGUGAGCUGGAUUAAAGAUGAUUUCCAACGUUUCUCUUCACACCACAGGCUCGUCACUCCCACCAACAUUUUUUAGGAGAUUCAGUAUCUCUUUGACCCCACUGGUGAGGAACUGAGUGAGAAUCUCUUUUUCUUAUUGAGCAUCCUUUCCAAAGCAGAUGGGCAGGGCAGACCCGGAGCACGAUCUGUCUAAAUUAAAAGGGAGAUGGGAGGAAAAGGAAGUUACUCCCCUCACUUUACCACAAUGUGAACCGCUUUCUAUAGUUGAUGAGGGAGAUGCAGAAAUAAGAAUGCCUUCCUGUCCUAUUUCUUAUUUAGACUGGGCUGUACAGGACUUUAAACGUCAGCAGAAAAAGUAAUCUUCGAGGGUUGUUUGAGUUUGUUUGCAGCACAAACAAGACGUGACAAACAUUUCUCCACCCCCACUGCAGGCUUCUUUUUACCAGGAUCACAAAGUUUUGUUUUGUUAUUUCUUUUACCCUCUGCUGUGUCAUGACACUUUAUAAAGAUUUUUUUUUUCUAGCACUCAAAAACAGAAAUUGACAUUUUCAUCAGCAGAGUUCAUCAGGAAGAAAUUAAAAAUGAACAAGGAAAAACCUGAUCUGCUGCACAAAUACUGAGACAAUAUGCUAGUGAGUGUUAGCUCUGUGUACUCUAGCUCAAGUUACUCAUAUUGGUGCCUAACAGCCAACAGUAUUUCUUAAGCUUCUCAAAGCUCUUUCCUCAAUAAAAUACCCAAAAUCCAUGCCAUUUGCUUCGCACAAUAGACCAAGAAUUUUAAUUCUUAUAAAUAUCAGCAGUAAAAGAGGGGGGGUUCAUAUUUACACAGUGUGAGCUGCAGAGGGAAUGUGUAAUCCAGCACUUAUCCCAGACAGUAUUAAUCCUUAUACUGUUUCAUUACAGCACGACACUUCUCUAAUUCAUUUUAAUUUUCAGCAACAAUGAAUGCAAGUGCACACUAUUUAUAUUCUACCAGAUAAAGCUAAAACAAAACUGUUCCUGUUUCUCUCAUGUGGCUGCACACAUGCCGCUGCUCCAGGACUGUGACUUGAUGUACAGUGGGGGUCACACUCUCUCCUCCAUUUUGCAUGACUUGAGUGCAGCAGUUGUGGCAGGGAUCUCCUGCAAUGGCCCCUUUUGUUGUUUUAGAAGUACCCGAGUUACAUAACGUGCAGUCACUAAGAACAAUGUGCUUUUUUUUCAGUACCUUUGCACAGCUAAAACAGCAUGUGUAAACAAUGUCAGCAGCACAGUCUGACAAGUGUCGGACAAAACCACAGAGUGUGUUUCCUAACUGAGAUGGAGAGACAUGCACAAAGCAAAAAGUGCACAAAACUUCAAGAGGACUAUUUUGUUUUCAACUUGUUUCUUUUAUUUUUGUUUUUCUGCAAGUUGAUCCUAUCAGGGUUGGCUGGAGAGGUGCAGUUGAACUGAUUCAAACUGAUAUCUCUACAAAGGUUGUACAUGGUGUCUCUGCACAACCAGAUUAUAUUAUUUUCCAGGGUAAGAUACAAUAUGAUGUAGCCUGAGUUAACCUGCAGGUUAUAUAAGAUUUUUCAUAACAGUGGAUUGUUGGGUAUUAAGAGAGUCAUUGAAACUGAUGAUGUGUGUUCCCUCAAAAUGGUUCCAGAUCUUGUGGUUCAUCAUCGUUUUCCUCAUUUCCCCCCUUUUUCUCUGCCUCUCAUCCUCCUCGUGUCACUCUCACUUCCUCCUCAACUCCCUUUAUUCUUGGAGACAAACAGCGCCCCACCUUUCGAGGAUGACCGUGUUUUUUUUUAUUUUAUUUUAGGACUACAACUUUGAGAAGAUCCACAGCGGUUUUGCUUUUAAGAAACCCGUCUUAAUGAAAUUUAUGGUGUCAGGACAUUCCAACACCCACCAAAAGCUGACCAAACCUGUAAUCUGGGUGUGAACAGGGGAGGGGUGGAGUCAGCGGUCCGCUUUAACCAGAAUGAACUGAGAUUAGAUUGCAGGGACAGAAUAAAGCAGAUGUAAUCCACAGGAAUUCAAGCCGCUCUUUUAGGAUGCUGUCUCACUGGGGGAAACAGGAGAUGGAGGAGAAGAUGGAACCUCUGCUGCUUAUCUCAUCCAUUUUAAAACAAGGCUUGUCACUUCUGUCUCCCAUCAGAGUGUGCCUGAGUUGUGCUUCAUCUUCUCUCAUCCUCUCCCUCUUUUUCUGUCCUCAUUUUCAUAAUUGUUUUUUUUUUCUACAAACAAAGUAAUUUCCUGUGCUCCCCUGGGGCACAUGGGAGGAGGACGUGACCAGCCUGCAUCCAAGCUACUGAUACAUAUCAACUUUCUGUCAAGCCUCAUCUGGACAAGACCACACACACUUACACACAUAUACAAACACACACUCAGAGCCUGGUCACUGACUGUGGGCAGCUUUACUUGUUGCUCAUGUGGAAACUUUUCACUCUGGGCAGCCUCGUAAUCUGACUGAGAAUCUACUGUAUGUCUCUCAGGCUGGGCUUCAAUCCUUCUCACUCACACAUCACAUGAACAUGCACCCACAUGUCUCCUUCACCAGCAAACAGACCAGACUUAAAACCAAGUCAUAUAGCUGGCAUGGUAGCUGCAAGUCGUCUGCUUGGAGAUUAGGAAAGCUGUACCCAGAAGUCCACACCCCCUUCUUACAUUUGUCUCAGUUGUAGCGUCAUGCAUCUCUUUAAGCUCUUGUUUUCUUUCCUUUUCCUGCAAAGUGCAAAGAUUUUGUAAUCCAGGCUAAGAUAAAGGCUAACGAAAUGAUUCAACUAGGACAUGAUUUAAAGGCUGCAGGUUUGAUUUCUAAUAAUAGCAGCAAUGCCCUCAUUGUUUUCUAGAUGUAUGCUAGUGAAAUUGGUUGAGUUUUCCAUUGACCCACAUGAGUGGACGAAACAGAUGCGGUAAUGUUUGCAACCAUUAUGGUCGCAUCCAUCCAUUAUCUUUUACCUCGUGCCAUUUAGGGUCAUACUAGAGCUAAAGCCCAUUCCAACUGCCGUUGGGCGAGAGGCUAAGAACACCCAGUUUCCACCCAGUCCAUCACACAGAGACAAACAACGAUUCAUGCACAAUUUAGAGAGACCAGUUAACCUAAUAAGCAUAUUUUUGGACUGUGGGAGGAAGCCAGAGUACCUGAUGGGAACCCACAUAUGCAUGAAGAGAACAUGCAACCUGCUCAGCUGGUGAUUUAAACCAGGAACCCUCUUGUAGGGCUGGGCAAUAAUCCAAAAAUGUACCUUUACCGAAAUAUAUGACGAUAAUCAACGUCAUUUUGCCCAUGUUGAUAUAUUCGGGGUCAAAAUAGAAAAAUAAAUAAAAAGUUGUUUUUGGAUGUGUGUAGGUAGGCUCUGGUCUCAUGUCCUUUUAAGUCACUGUCCUACGUCGGAGAUGUGACUGUACCCCAGACAGGUGAGGAGAUGGAGGACGGUUCAAAGGUUGUAGCAGCCGGAGCAGCGGCUGAAGUAGAUGAAGUUAAUGUGGGAGGGGCUGAGCAGCUUGUGGAGUAGCUAACGUCCAUUUAUCAUUAUCGAGGUGAACUGCUCAGUAUACCGUGAUAUUGAUUUGAGGCCAUAUCGCCCAGCCCUACCUUCUUGCUUGUGAGGCAACAGUGCUAACCGCUUCACCACAGUGAGGAGUACGCAGGGGGAUUUCUUUAGUAGGCUGUUAAACGUCACUUGGUUUAUAUGAAAAUAUUAAUAUCUAUAUUGUAGUCAUGAUGCUCCUUAAUUUGCAGUAGGUGCUUCUAAAUUAUUGCUUGUGCUCAUCACUUUUUGAAGUGUGGUGCACCUGUGCUGCCAGGUUGAAAAUUGAGUGUGAGCCCUAGGUCCUCAAGUGGCAAAAAACAUUGCCAAAGUACAUUUAUGCAACUGAGUGUUCCAAAAAUGUCACAUUUGUCCGUCUUCCCAUAAGAGAAUGUAAAUGAAAUCUACUUUAGCUUGACAGAUGUGACCCACUCAUCAAAGAGUACGUCUCCAGAGACUCUGAAGUGCUCUGAGUUCAGCUCUCAGUCUAUCUGCUCUCUGCAGAGCAUGGAAACAGUGCUGACCUAUGUGGAGCUGACACCCUGAUGAAUGGGCUUAUCUUACUAACAGGACUUGUGGGAGGAAAGGCAGUUUAUUAAUUAUGGGCAGCAUUGCCACCACUUUUAUGUGCACUCAUGGAAUAACAGAAUAGAGGGGAUGGAGAGAGAAGGAACCAGGAAGCUCAGAGAAAUUAGAGUUGAAAACUGGCGAAGAGGUAUCUGUUGUACUCCAAUAUCUUAAGCUGAGUGAUGAAACUUCUUUCUCUAUAAUCUGUUAUCACUUAAUCCCUCCAUUAUCACUUGAUAUCAUCUUGUAGGUAUUCAUUAGAUUUUAUGAAAUUGAACCAAAGCCUUUUACUUGAUUUGUUUCUUGGCACAUCGGCCGACAGUAAGGAAGUUUGGAUUGAGAAGGAGACCCAUACACUACUUCAGCCAGACAGAUGGGAUGAUUUCCUGUGUAAUAUCUACUAACACACACAUACACACACACACACACUUACUGAAUGAAACUGUGAUAUUAAACUGUGCUGGGGAUCGUUAAGGUUCAGUGGGAGUAAUUGAGAGUGUAUGCAGAACACUUCUCUAAUGUUGUAAAAUACUUGCUGGAUUUUAUUAUCACAAGUCUGCCCAUAAACUCUCAGUUUUACCUUCUAAGCAAUCAAGGUGGACAAAUAACAGUCAAAUUGCUGUUCCAGGAUCUUAUUUGUGGCUUGGAUACUUUUCUUGAUCCGAAGCCUGGCUGGUUAAGUUGCGCCAAAAAACUGCACUGAAGCAGCUCUGUUUUAUAUCCUACCUUUACCUCCAGUUUCCCUGAAAGCUGUUGCUUCUUAUUAUUGAGUCAAUAUAAACACUUCUUAUGCCAUCCAUCUGAAAGGCGCUGUGACAAAUCUUACCUUUGUGUACCAGGGAUUUAACAUUUCUUAGCUGUGGGAAUGGGCUCUUGUGCUAGAUUGCAUUUCAGUACAUUGUGCUGGGUUGUAUGGUGUUUUGUUGGGCCCUCACAUUGUUUCUAUAGAGACGUGUUGCAGUAAAUGGGGAAUAUAGUGUACCUUAAUAACUGACAGAUCCCAAUAAAUCCAAACCACCUCUUAGUUUAGAUUAGUCGGUUCCCAUUCUCAGCACUUACACAUUUCUACUCAUGACUUGAGGCAUUGAUUCUAGAAUUGAUCCAGCUGGCUGAAAUUAUCAGAUUUACCUAUAUUGGUGAUUGGUGUCAUCACUGCUGGGUAGAGAUCAAAUAGAGUCUUACAUCAGCAUUUUUUUUUUGUAAGUUUUUUUUAAAAUAAUUAUUACUAGCUUUCUCCACAGAAGCACAAAGUCAAACCAACACCUGGUCUACUUCCCUGCAGUUUGCUGUUGCUUUGUGUGUUUUGUCUUCCUGGAUACAUUAGCAGUAUUAAAAAAUAUCUUCAACGUCAUCCACUGAUGGGAUCAGAAACCUUUGAUUGAUUUUUUGCCAUAUUGUGAACAGGGGGAAAUCAAAAACUUUGAAAAUAUUUUAUCUCCUAUUUGUUUCAUUACUGUGUAUAUUGUUUACACUAACCAGUAUUUUGUGAUCAAUUUAUUGCCUGAGUUCUCUGACUCUUCUAUCUGUUGAUAUUUGCCUGUUUUGUCCUUAAUGUGGCCAGUACAUUUAACAGUCUUUCAUAACUUUUCUAAAAUACAAAAACCUCUCCUGUUUUCAGAUAUCAUUGGAAUAAAUAUUCAUCUUUCAAAGGGCCUCUCUUAAGAGAUCUCAGUGUCCUACUUUCCUUUCAUGUUGGCGUAAUUUUUACACAGGGACAGACAUGGACAUGUAUCAGUGGAUACAUGACAGCAUGACUUAAAUUCUUUCAGUAUCUUCAUUUAGAGAUAUUAUGCCUCAUUGUCUCAUGUCUAUCGACCAUCCAGUCUCAGAAAUACCUUGAAUCUAUCAAACACUUUCAAGAUUUUGCGAUGUAAUGGACAUUUUUGUCAUGAAAAGUGCAAGAAGAGCCACUGGAGGCACUGUCUGUUUUUCUGGUUGUUGUUAAUUCUUCAUUAUUGGCUUGUCUGUUCUAGAGAGUUGUAAGAGUGAUUCAUCAGUGACUCAUCAAAUGUGGGCCUGUGUUUGCUUCUUGUGUUGCUGUAGGCGUGUGUGCCUGUGUGUGUGUGUUUGUUGAAGACAUUUUCUCACUACAGACCCUCCAUCAUCCCUCCUCAUCCUCAUCCUCCUCCUCCACCUCCUCUUUAAUACAAUGCAGAGUUCACACUGGGUGCAAACACAAUUCUCCAAGUUUUGAAAUGAAGAAAAAAUGAUCCAUCCUCUCAUCUGUGAAUCACACUUCAUUGUUCUCCCACGCUGUCAUUCGCCUUAUGGCUCAGCUACUUUGAAUCAUCAGAAUUUGAUACUGAAUCUCUGGGAUAUUGAGUCAUUAAGAUUUUAUGUGAUUAUUUACAUAAUUGCCUCUAAAAAAAAUCUUAGAAAGCUCUUUGUGAAUCAAGGCAGCUCUCCAGCAUCGUAUAAAAGGUUGGAGACAAAAAGACUGGGACUGUAUUAAACUGUCCCAUAUGGAUGAGUAUAUUUGACAGACAAAUAAAUCAGUCUUAUUUAAUAUGUCUGAGUAUAACAUCAAGCUAAUUCAGAGCGGUUCAUUCCAAGUGAAGUUGGCAGGAAUUUAACUCUGGUGGUUGUUCAGUUCUUAAAAAUAUCAUUGCUUAAAUUACUUGCAGACUCAUUUCUGUCUUGCUAAAGAGACAAUCCUGACAAUUAUGGGAAAUAUUGAUCAAUUGUGAGUAAAAUCAGCUUUCGUAUCAAUAAACGUACAGGAAUAAUGUUUGAAUUAUGUUUAUUUACUCUAAAGUGUCCCCUUUUAACAAUUUUCAUUUCUUACCCUGACUUAUACUCUAUCUUCUUGUAGCAGCCCUUUAGCUGAAGCUGUACUUCACACUCUUCUCUGAAACUACAUGAACACGUCAACACCAAGGUUCUUGCUGUUUUAGUCCUGAUUGAGAAGACAAGCAGGACUCUAAAAAAAGGAGACAUUUUGAGAGACUUUGCGAUGUUCCUUGAAGAAAGAUAAAACUGUCAGUACGACUUUUUGCAUGAUGUUCAAGAUAACAUAACUUUUCUGCUUGUAGGACAAGUUCUGUACUCAUGAAUGACAAAGAAGGCUGUGGUGACGUUGUUUUGGUUUUUGCUUUCAGUGAUACAGAAAGACAGGGCUGCUGUACCCCCAAAGAAACUCUGCUAGUUAGACAUCAAAUGAGGAACUUUUAUAAAUGCCAGUGAGUCAUAAACUUGCUGAUGUUUUACAUCACAGGUUGGUGUUUCCUUGAGUUUACAGCAUAACACUAUUUGAUCACAGUCCUGCUUCUGAACUGUUUGUUAAUGAAUCUACAGGGACAGACUAGUGACAGAAAAAUGUGAAUUUUCCAUUAUGUUGUUGUUCAACUAAAAGCUUGAACAUCUGAUCAUCUUUAUUUUUCUGAUACCUCAGAUAAAUAACAGUUAUCAUGAGAAGCAGAUCUUCAGUUUGUCACCUAGCAGCUGAUGUGUGCCUCACUCUCACACCCUACUUUUAACCUUAAAGCUCCUGGGAGGAACUUGAUGAUUGGUGUCAACUCUGUGGACAAAGCGGUCUUUACUGAGAUUAUCUUGUACAUGCUGCAGCAGGUUCUUAUGAAAAAAUAACUAAUCCUACUGACUUUUGACAGUCAAACAUAUCAUUCUUCAUUAAUAUCUUGUGUGGAAGUUUAAAUAAAGGUCUCUUUCUUCAGCUGCUUGGCUGACACCUACCCCCUCACACCAGUUUAAGGCAAUAAAGAUCAGCUUUCAUAAUGCCAAUCUUGUCAAUGACGAUCUUGUUUGCUGUCUGAUAUCAUAAUAAGAUAUCAAUGUGAAAUUCAGUCUAUUUCAUAGAUGUCAGAAAACUCCAGUUGCUUCACAGUGUUUUUUCUAUUUAUGACAGUAUUUUGUAUAAUUUGCAAAAGCGAAGGCAUCUUUGGAUAGACGAAACUAUUGUUGAGUGAUUUAUUUUUGAAAACUUGAUCAGAGAAUUUGAAUGAUCAUGAUCAGGAUGAAAACAGCAUGCCGGUUUAGAGAGCACACAGCCAGCCAGUAAAAAAGUCCAGUAAGCACAGCGAGUGCAAACUUGGGAAGAAACCGAUGGCUUUACUUUUCCUCUGCCUCUGUGGAAUGACUGCUGCUCCAGCUGAGCUGAUUGUUGAACAUCACUUGACAGCUAAGUGUGCCAGGUAACUGUGGCUAUGAAAUGCAGCGAGCAUGAAGGAAAGAAGAGGACAUGUCUCUGGCCUUGCUUCCUCAUCUCGCUGUGGUAAUAAGAUUCAGCUGUGUGCCUGUAGAUCUCAGUAUUGUCAAAUUCAGGAGGACAGAAGAGAAGGCAGGAUGUCUACCUCUUGGUUUUGCGCCUCGGUCGUGUCUGCGGUGAUCUGUUCUGAGAGGGGGACAUGACUGACACAGCAGGGGGACUUGUCUCCUGAGUACAGUCGGAGACCUAGCAGGGGUUUGAACAUCCAUACAUACAACAUUUUUCUGGAGGGGUUUAGCUGGGUUUGUGGAAAACAUUGUUCCCUUUCUAUUUCAGGCCACCCUUAAGAUGUAGUUCAACUCAAACCUCAUGGUUUGGAAAUUUUAAAGCAGUUUCAGUGAAUGUUGAUAUUGCAAAGGCUUCUCUGAAAACAUCAAGAACAAAGAGCUUCUAGUAUGUAAAAGCUCAGAGCGAUAAUCCCUGCAGAUUUCCUAGAUUUCCUUGUGCUUACAGAGGGCUGUGCAGAACUUUUUCCCUAGAAAACUCAAUUAAUCCAUUUUUCUUUCAUUUCUAAAACAUAUCUUCAGUUGAUAAAGAAAUAACUCAAAAUUAGUUCUAAAAAGAAUAUUAAAUUUGUGGUCAGAGCCUAAUCCUGCUGCUGUUGUUGUUUUUGCUGUAAUCUGUCUGCCUGUGCAACCCUGUGUUUGCACCAUAGAGUUAAAGUUGUGGUCCAAGUUCCUCACCAGUGUCCCAUUUCUUACCCAAGAACACCUGUUACUGGACCUUUCCACCACGCCCCUGUCAUGUCAUAUGUAAUGCUUAGUUUGGGAAAAUGAUCCCAGUAAUGUUGACAGCUUUGGCGUGAGACCAUUUGGCUGUAUGCCUCCGUUUAAAUUCUUUAAAUGAAAUUGGUUUUGUUACUCCCCCUCAUUCGCUCUGUUUGCCCCCCCUAGGUAGUUGAGGUGACUUGCUCAAGAGCUCCUUGGAAGUGCCCAGGAAGUGAACUGGCAACUCUCUAUCAAAACUUGGCCCAGCCACUUGAAUUGGUGACCCUCUAGUUCCAAAGUCAAGUCCCUGUGGACUGAACUGCUACUGCCUCUCUGCCCACAUUUCCUGUCUCUCAUGCUCCCCCUUCACUAAAUACAAAAAUCCCCAAAAAGACCUUUAAAAAAGAAAAGAAAACAAUGAAGCCAAUGCAAGAGUGCAUAUACCUGCAGUUUCUCCACUUGAGGCUGGCUCCAUAAGUCUAGGACACCAUUUGAGAGCUGAUAUUGGUGGUGAAACUGGUGUUUAAAGCCAAAUACAUGAUGCAGUUUUUGGUCCCUAACACUAAAGUCGAGGCGAGGCUGAUUUGGCUGUUGGGUGGGUAUGUUGUAGUUGAUCACAAGGCUAUAGCCCUAAAUCAGCCUCUUUGCGGGUUUUUAGAAGUAUCUGGAAUUUUGUUUGAGGCACCUUAUCCAAAGCCUGUGAUCACAGACGCUAUUUUUGAGCUCUGUAACACCUCUUCAGAAAGAAAAAGCUGAUGUUACUGACUGAAACGAUACAGUCCAAGAAAAAGUCUGGGAAACAGUCAUCUGUUUAAACCCAAGUGUCAUUAUGAAUCACAUUUAGCCACACAUCUGCUGACGUUUGCUAUGUAACUUUACAAGAAAAUACAUGAAGAAUCCAGCAGUGACAUAAAUAGAAGUUCUUUUAGCACCAGCUGGAGGUGAAGGGGGCACUUGGUUCCCAUAUCUUCAGAUCUUUGAAUGUCUCAUGUCAAUAAGUGGACAAGCUGGUUGAAAAUACAUCUUCCCUCAGUGUCUUUGUGUUGAAAAUCUAUGCUAAAAGCCACUUUGUUGGCUCUGAGCGGGGUCACUCACCACACAGUCCUUGGUGGAUGCUAUUUGGAGCCUGGGGAUGGGAACCAUGAGUGCUGGCUGUUUAAAAAGACAGGAGUGAGUGGAUGAACAAUAAUUGGGUAGAGGUCAAGAUAGACGAGCGCUGCGAAUCAUCUGACGGAGAACAAUAAGAAGCCUGUUUUAACGCAGCCCAGAAACAACGAGAUACGAUUACGAUAAACCAAAAUAAUUCAGUUUGAUUAAGAAUAUAUGUCAUUUGUUGUGUCAGGUAUCUAUGGAUAGAUUAUUCUGACAAGAGUAAGAACAGCUCGUCGAUUGUUCUGUGUCACAAAAACAGAGCAGUGACAUGGACACUUUAUUAAACAUAUUCUAUUUAUCUUUCCAAAAUAUCAAGCUUGUAUUUUCUCAAAAUAAAUGUGCUGUUUCUUUAUCCUCUUAUCUGUUAUAUCAUGGAGCAGAGCAUUUUGAGAUUGACAGAUGAUUCAGUGGUUAUGGCUGACGUCUAUCCUGCCUAUAUCUAUCCAUUAAUGCUUAUGCUUUUUUUGCUGUCUUUCUACAAAUGAUAGGCAUGAAUAAAUGGAACACCAGGAGAGUUUAUCAGCAGUGUAAGAGCACAGAUGGAUGCAUCAUCAUCACAGCCUCGGCUCUCUUGAGCAUCUUUUGUGCGUCUCUGCACCAACUGUUAGCAUGCUGCUAUAUGGUUUCUGGCUCUGACCCACUUUUCUUGGAGGUGGGUGACGUCACUGGAUGAAACAUCUUUUUCUGUUUUUUUUUUUUUUUCUUUUCCAAAGGGUGCCUUCGUGCAGCAAACACACAUUUUUCCAUCCAAUCCCUAACACACGUGCCUGUUUGUGCGUGGGUACAUUGUUACCGCAAGUGUUAGCGUUGAUAGCUCACAGUGCAGCCACCUGGACAGUACAGUCGAGGCCUAAUUUUAGCACAAAUGCAAACCGACACUCUCUCUCUCUUUGUCUUUCCUCUGCCACACCAACACAGGCUCUUUCACUGACACACAGGCCACAGCUGAAAGUGAUAGAUGGCCUUUUUCUUAUGACCCUUAUGGCUCCCUGUAUGCUUUGCCAGGUAACAGGAAGACAUAUGGAUGGACUGCAUCUUUCUCCUUGACCUAAUUUUUGGGUCGCAUCUUCCAUCUCUGCUUUUCCAUCAAGCUUGAAACUGCAAGAUUUCACCGUGUGCAAAUACGCUGUUGGAUAAACAGCUGGGAACACCUGGUCAUUUGCAUAUUGGAGAUCAUAUAGGCAUGAAUAUGGAUAUGUACCCCACUUCUUACUGCAACAACUGCAACCUUUUUUUAAAAGAUUUUGAGUUUAGUAGAAAUAUAUUCCCAUUCAGCCAAAAGGUCGUUUUCCGUGUGUGCGGCACUGAUGCUGGUUGAUAUGUGGUGUUUGGUACGAAACAGGAUUAGGGCCACAAGAAGAGAAAAAAUAAUUACAAAGGGAGAUUUUUUAAAUUUCCUUUUCGAGAUUAAAGUUGAAAUCUUAAAAAGUGAAGAUUCGACUUAAUUCAUGUCGACUUAAAUCUCAAAAUUUUAAUUUUUAAUCCAGAAGUUUUGACAUUAUUCUGACAUUUUGACCUUACUUUCGAAAUUUUGACUUUAAUCUCAAAAUUUUAAUUUUUAAUCAUGAAAUUUCAACAUUAUUCACGACAUUUCAACGUUUUGUAAUCUCGAAAUUUCAACUUUGAUUUAAAAAUUUAAAUUUUUAAUCUCGAAAUUUGACUUUAUUGACAAUUUUGAUUUUCUUAAUAACAAAAUUUCAACUUUAAUCUGGAAAUUCGACUUCUAUCUCAAUCCUUGUAAUUAUUUUUUUUCUUAAUGUGGCCCUUAUCCUUGUGGUUUGGAGUGAGUGUGAGAUCAGUACAUUUUUUGUUUACAGUGAAUGAAACUGCUGAAUGUGCUUGACUUCUCUCUACAUGAAUAAUAUCCAAAGACAUGCUGCUCCAUAUUUAAGGUUGUAUUAUGAGAGAGCAGGAUAGUAGCUGCUACAUGGACAGAAACGGUUUGUUAGCACAUGAUGAGUAAUUUCAUCUUUUCCAGUCUCCUCUGAUUUGCCUUUUUCAACGAUCCGCUUCAGGGUUGAGACUCCUGAUCAUAUUUUUAGCUCCAUGCAGGUCUGCAGAAACAGUGCUUGAUGUAAAAUGGAGGCUGCACUCGCAUAGCUGCACGUGUCUCUGCAUGUUAUCAGGGCAUUUCUCUGCCUCAGCAUCAUUGCAGCAUUGCGAGGUCAUUGUUUGUGUUUCUGCUGGUCUUUAGCUGCUUCUCUUUCUUCACCUGCGUCCCCCUCCUCCUCCUUCUGUCUCUCAGGGCCAAGAGGAUGGAUGAGUCACUCCCAAGGAAAGAGCUUUUUAAACCCUCUGAUCACAAUACUUCUGUCUCGCUCUCUCUGUCUCUCUCUCGCUCUCUCUCUCUCUGUCUGUCUGUCUCUCUCUGUCAACUUAAUAUCAGUCUGCCUCUCUCACCGCUCGCUGUCUAGUCAUUACUAAAUCUUUGCCUGCAUUUUUUUUUCCCUCUCCUUGUUUAUGUUCUUGCCAGCCUUCAUCCUGCUCUCCUAAUUACUUGUCUCCUUGACGGCUAACCUGUCUGCGCGCCUUUCAGUGGCUCCACAUGGAUCUCCUCGUGCCUAGUCAACAGCUUGACUCGAAACCAAAACAACUCCCCGGUGUCUUCUCACUUUUAUUCUCCUACCUGUGCCCAUCUGGGCAUGCUCCAACAUUCGGACUACACCAGUUUAUCAGCACUGUGUUUUCAGUUUAUGAUAAAUCACUGUAAGAUUUAUAAAUCAUGAUUGGAUUUCUUUGAUGCUUACACAUAGAAAAAGAAAAUGAAUAAAUGAAGGGUAGACUGUCCAUUUAAUGCUCCUUUUUUACAUCAGAAUUUUUACUCCAAACUGCCUCUGCUUUCCUGCCUCUCACUCUCAAUGGUGUAUUAUUGUCCAUUCUACUUACUAUGCACAGCAGCACAGGUCUCUCAUCCAGAGUCUGGAGUGGCCCGGCCUGGUCUGCUCUGCUGUGGCUGCCAGCACAAGCUGUGUGUGUGUGUGCGUGUUUUGUUGGUUGGCCUAUAGGGCCUCUUCAUCUCUUCCCCUUUUGGAGCGGCUUGUUAAACAGCCUCUGCUCGGCUUUUUCAGAUGCAGAGCUCCACUUUUAAAACGCAUGUUUCAGCGCCCGUGUGCAGCGGGGUACAUGUGCAACCCUGUGGGAUUUACUUUGUGUGUGUUUCUGUGCAAUAUCUCACUUGAAUAUUGCAUUAUGGUUGUCACAUAGUAUAUAUACAUAUGACGUUUGUGUUAAACAGUGCUCAGGUGUUAAUCUGCAUGCUGAUGGUGAAAGCACAGAAUAAGCACAUGCACAUGCUCUCUAUUUAAUAAAGUGCCAAAUCUAUGAUUGCGGUCUCUCACUGUGUUUUUUCAUCCAUGGCAGCUGUGGUGGUUGAAGGGUGGACCUCACAGAACUAUUAUAAUAAUGACACACUAUGUGCUGCUCAAGGUGGUGCCCUACUUGUCUUGUGAGUUUGUUUUCACUUCAUGGGACCCUUUCUAAUGUUAACUUCCCCUUUUAAGAUUUUCCUAAAGCUGCAACUCUUUUUAAAGACCAGAUAAACAUAACUUUGGAAACAGUUCCCUCUCUUUCACAGAUACCCUAAAAGAGAGACUUUUUUUUUUCUAGAGGUCUCUCUCAGAGCCAAGAACUUUAAUGUGUAAUCCUGGUCAGUGUUUUGCUGCUCAAGAGUUGACAUGUAGCAUUUUUUUUAAGGCUUGGCAGCGUCCUGUCCUGUUUGGCUUCCUGUCCUUUGGCUUUUCUUUGAAUUACAUUACUGCGUCUUCAGAACAGACCGCUAAUUGCGUUAGCAACUUGGGCUAGCAUCCCUCUGAACGGAAGCCAUUAAGCCAUUACACAGUGUGUACCGCACGCUGGGUUAUUUCCCUCCAUGUUGAUUAAACCCCGCCAUGCGCAUUCACAUCAACGUCAUCCAAUCAGAUUUAGAUCCUGCUGGAGACAAAAUAUGGACCGUUUCUUUAUUUUUUCACUACUAUCAAAUGAGGCUGUUCAGUUCACUCAUGUAUGAAUACUGCUGUAGGUUUUGUUAUAUAAUAAAUUAUGUUUGUUCCCGCUUAAAUCCCAAAAAGGCCUGUCAAUGUACACUUUACACAAGUGCAGCCCAAGAAUACAGGCUUAAUAGUGCAAGAAAUCUGGUUUUUAUUUGCCUUUUAUUACAACUUUACAUGUCUAUGAAAUAGAGCAAAUAAAACAAAAUAAAGAAAAGGAAAAGGAAAACUAUAAAGCAGAUUUGAAUCCCAUGUAAUACAUACUCUGCAGCCAGGUUACAGUGGCCAUGUGCGCAGUGACACACACACAACACACCCAAUAUUCUUUCACAAGCACCGCUGUAAACCUGUCGGCUCUUGCUCGGGGGCAAAGCUGGUUUUGCAGGAGACGGAAACAAACCUCCGGGAAGAGAAAAAAGAGAGGCCAGUAGAGGGGUGAGACAUAAGAUAAACGCUGAAAACAUCCACUUCAGCCUUAAACAAGAUGGGAACAGACAAGAUCCAGAAUCGUAAAAGUGAGUUUGAGUUGGUACAUUUAUAAAGGGAACAAGACAUCGGGAAGUCAGAUAUUCAGACAGAUUUGAUACUGAAUGAGACGAUUACACUUUAUUACCAUCAGCUGGGAUAGGACCUUACCACCAAAUUGCAUCAGCCCUUAAACAAGAGCAGAAUUAUAGGAGUUGAAGCGACAGUAUAGAGCAUUGACUCAGUAGCGUGUCAACAAAAGAAGCCGUUGCUGUAAAUGAAGUGUUGAAAUUUGGUCGGCUUAGUGGAACAGCUGUUGAAGGAACAACCAAAGCUUCCCUCCCUGUGUUACUCUGCAGACUGAAAGAGCACGCCAUGUCCUCAUCCUCCCUGUGAAGAUCAGAAACCCACAAAAUGAAAGAAGCUUUCAAAGAAGUCAUCUGUUAAUACUUUUGGGUUAAACAAUGUAAAAUUUGAUCGCACAAACAAGGAGCUAAGUGUGUGUGUUCAAGUGUGCAAAUAGAAUGACCAAACAACACAUACUCACAAGCACCCAUGCAGACAGUAUGAUGGUUUGAGCGCUUUUUCUUCAAAGAAAUAUUAAGCAUUGAUUGUGAACUUCUCCUCCUUUUACUCUGUAAAGUCUACUAACAGAUUGUGUUGUGUGCAUAAAUGUCCAUACAGCUUUGUUUCUUUAGGCGGUCAUUUCUUUACACAAGCUUCAAAAUGUAUACAAGGACAAACUUUUGUAUUUAUGAAUGUGCCUUUGUUUUAGACUUGUACAGCGAUGCUGCCUGCAAGAUGCAAGGCUGAAUUCAUCAGCAGGAUCAAUACAAUGAUAUUUAUAGGUCACACUUUUCCUCACGGCAAGCCGCCUUCCUGGAUCAAUUUUCCCGUUGGGCUGAAACCAUAUUGAUAAGAGAUUAUUUAGCUUGAAAACUGAAGGAAAUGUAAGAAAUGUGGCCUUUUUCUUUGUUAGUGAAGUGAUGGGUAUUACUUUUGAGCACCAGGCGUGGAUUAAGAGCAGGAUCAGGAUACCUUAGCUGUGUGUUGUAGCAGCAGGUAGCAUCAGGUUCCUGCUCGAGGACUCAGUGUGUGCCUGCAUGUUGUAUGAGGAAGAUUAUGAGACAAUGUGAUAAGCUCACAACCAGACAAAGACAAGGAUGAAUGGUUGUUCAGGAAUUACCUAAAAAUCAACGGAGGGGGACAUCUGGAGCUAGGAGCAUUUGACAUCUGCUUGGUGAUACAGUGCAGUGAAAUUAUAACAAUUCUUGUAUCCUCAUUUCUGCAUAAACUAGACAGGGAGUAAAAACUUUAGGUCCCCUAAAUGGAUGAUGGAUUGGAUAGGAUAUUGGAUGGGUGAGAGCAGUUGGAAAAGAAUCUACUUUGUAAAUAUUAUGUCUAAAACUAGAAAUUAAAUAUAAAUCUUUUGUGCUAUUAUGGAUUUUGUUCUGUUUUUCAUCAGUCAAGAGGACAUCCUGAUGGCCAAGCAGCACUGUAACAUGACUGUUAUCAAACAGAAAACUAAAGGAGCUAAAAUACACAAUAAAUAUUUGCAAAGCUUUGCUUAAGUCUGCACUUUAAGUUGAAGUGCAAAUGUAGGUGGAAGCGUUGCAUUUCCACUGCCUGUCCAUCCUCUGUUAACAGACGCUUACUUUACACAAUUUCUGCACCUUAACAGGAGACAGAGUCUGCGUUUAAGACUACAGAAAUUGUUUAAAGGUCAGAACACAGACUCGCUAAUGUCAUCUUUUUUUUCUCACAACUACUUUACAACCUCAGCUGAAUAUCUGAUAUCUUGAUUUACACCCUUGUAUUCUGACCAAACAGUUAAAGUUUGGACAGGAGGGACAGACAGUACUGUUGGACCCUGCAGUUUAGAUUUAGUUAGUCCAAGGAUUCAAACAGGCCGCCACAAAGUGAAUCUGUGCAUCAGGACUAUGAUAUACAUUGUUAAACAUUAUGAUCAAAGUCUCAUAAUCAGCUGUUUCGAUGACCUACAGUAGGCUCUGCCGUGCUUUGUGACCUUGUGAUCCAUUCUUGUUGCAUCGAUUCUCUCAGUGUUAAUGAAUUUUCCAUCUCCUCAUCAUACCUUGAGGAUUGCAAGGCUGUGUGUCCAUCAGCAAUGACCAUGAACACAUUUUAAGCUGCAAAAAAAAAGGUGUUUGCCUUCACAGACACGCAAGCACUCGCUCAAUAAUACAUAAAAACGCCACCUUUAAUCUCUCAGAUGAUGGAUGUUGGACAGCUGACCCCUUAUACCCUUUAACCCACCCACAAACACCCACUUUAAACCAGGCCUUUGGAGUCUCUUCAUACGGUAACUCACCUGUUUGUCUGUUUUUGCUUUCUCCACAGGAUUGAAAAAACGUACCAGGAAGGCCUUCGGGAUACGGAAGAAAGAAAAGGACAAUGACUCCACGUAAGUCGUGACUCUCUUUCCUGUUGAACAGUGUUAUCCAAACAUGCAGCAUAUUAGCUGCUCCACUGCUGAAACUAUCAACAGUGAUGCUGUGCAGAAAGCAGACUAAAACCCCUGAAGUGGAAUAAGUUAUUUUAAGAAGAACAGAUAUCAUACAGCAGCAGGAUUACAAUAAGUGAAAAUGAUUGCAGGAAUAGUGUGAAGCAUAGGUUUUGUCAAAUAGAUGUUACACUCCCACAAGCACAGGUGAAUAGUUUUAAUGAAGUACGUGCAUAAUCCCAUCAGACAUCAUUAUCCUGAAUGUGUGACUCAAGUAAAUCACUCUGGAGUUUUGUAAGUGUGACACGUCUGCAGAGUUGUUUAUCCGACUGCUUUUCACACCAACUUACAGAAAAAGGUUUGUAGGCUGUGAAGUCUGUAAGAGCGGGAUCUCUGAGUAAAUAUGUGUGUGGGGUAUGGUGGUAUGAAAGUGUUUUCCUAAGAAGCCCCUUUUCAAAUAUUUUCACUCGACUCAUUAGCAAGUGCUUGAUUUUUUUCAAAUGAAGUGCUUAGAAAUGACGUAGACUCUCUUUCUCUUCUUUCUCUCUCUUUAAAUUUUCACAGGGGGUCCCCAGACAGAGACGGUGUAAGUAGACAAUAUUCGAUAUUAAUCAACCAGUUAAUUUAAUUGUAAAUGACCCGGAUGUCCAGAAGAAAACAAGUCUGAUGAUUGUGCGGUACAUUACUUUUUUUUUCUUUGUGUUUUGACUCGCCAGGAACUCCAUGAGGUUGAAUCGGUAUUGAACUCUCUUGGUUCUGUGGAGUAGAUUAACCUCUAGAGUAGUUUGUUUAGAUCUCGUAGACAUCUCUGUACAUUCAUAGACUCAUUUGUCUUCAGUCAGUGUUGCUGUCUCAGCUUUCUGUUUGUUAGCAGGAACACUGUGUAGGUUUGAGAAAAAGAUAUUAAGAGUGAAACGUAUCCUUGUGAUUCUUAUAAACAUGUAAAAACUGAUAUAUUUUGAACAUAAGUUAACUAGAAAUUGUAAAAAACAGAAAAGCAAACAAACCCUGUAUGAAUAAAUUAUAGGAGAUAUUCUUGCUGAUACUGAUGCUAUUGUUAAAAACCCAAGUGCACCCUAGAUCAGUAAAAAAUGAUACACAAACUGGUCAGUGGUCUGGUUUUAAAGUCAUGUUUUGAGGUCCUGCUGCAGCAAGAAAACAUCAAAAGAUGAAAUCAACAAAGCGAUUUAUGAGCGAUUCUCAGAAAUCAAGUCAUGUGGGCUAAAUACCAAGGAUUGAAAACUCUCCAAAAGUCUGCCAAUGUGCACACUUUGCAGAAAAGCAAUAAGAUGCAAAGGCUGCAAAAUAAAUUUCUCCUGAUAAGACCCUUUGACCAAAUUGCUGACAUUACUUGCAACUCCCAAUAUCUAACGCCUCCUGAUAACUACAUCUCAAUGAAUUUCCAAGGUUAAAAAUGUUACUGUGACAUGUGGAGUGAUGGAUUUGUGACACAGUUGGUGAAUUAAAUUAGAGUUACAAGAUCUAGAGGAAAUCACAGAGUUUGGCAGAAAUGUUUCUCAAGUGAAGGACUGCUGAAUGUAGAGAAAGCAGCAAAAACAAUGGCUUUAUAUCACACAGUUAAUGUGAGACAGUGAAACCCAGUUGCUCUCUGUUUUAAUGGAUCAUCUUUGAAUCACACCUUAACUGUUUUGACAUGAUUUUUAGGUCACGAAACACCAAAGUUUAAUAGCAGAGUUAAAUGCACCUUAGUGGCAGUGAACCUUAGCUUACAUAGAAACACAUUAAGUGGUAGUUCAGCAGUAGAGGAUGCACCGUCUUUCAAACCAAAGUGUCUCUCGUUCUCAGGCUCAGAAGAAAACCAAUGGGGCCCCUAAUGGUUUCUACGGAGACAUCGACUGGGACAGAUAUGUACGUUAUAAAAGUUACAAUCAUCUCAUCUCAUCACUGUUUUUCACAGACUUUUAAUAAGGCUAUAGGAUAGAUUUAUGUUAUUGUAAAAUCAAUACGCUAUUGACCAUUUGUUGAUGCAGCAUGUUCAGUUCAGCAGUAACAGACAGUAAAUCAGAUUGAUGGCUGAUCUUUAAUUUGAAAUCCAGUAUGAUACUAAGUCAAUAUGCAUUUGCUCAUGAAAACAUAUCAUUUGUUAUGACCGGAAGUAUGUAUCAGUAUGAUUCAUAGUUAAUCUGACCUGCAGAGCUCUUUGAACUAGCUGCUGUGUUGCUGAUAUUAUUAGUGAUGGAGAUUAACACUGAGCCUCUGUUUGUUUCAGAACUCUCCCAUGGUGGAUGAUGAGGGCUACAGUAUCAGACCAGACGAGGAGUCAGAAGAGGGAGAUAUCCUCUACAAUGCUCGUUUACCUGUCGUUUACCUUUUUCUUUUCCUCAGGCAAACAUAAAUGGGAUCGCUUCUGUGGCGAGAACGGGAUUUGUUCAUUUGUGCACAUGUAAAGGCGAGAACUUCAUGGUAAAGCUUAGUCACAUGAGAACAUACUGCGACUGCCAAAUAAGUGGAUAUAGAUCCAAAUAAUCGUGUGUCCUUGUGUUUUACAAGGAAACCCACGCAAACAAAGUGCGACAGACAAAACUGAUGAAGUGCGUCAAUGAAGUGUAAAAGCAUCUAAUUAGCAAAGAUCUAAAUAAAGGUAAGAGGCCACAACUUUUAGCACUGCUGGAGAAGGAUGAGUCACUAAUGCCCCACUUGUGAGCAGGAAGUUCAAAUGUUUGAGAAAAGCCACUCAUUCUUUGUCGAGACAUAGAGAGUAACCUUUUCAUGGCCUCUUAUUAUGGUCCUAAAUUUGUGGUCUUGGAUAGACUUAAUCUAAUCUCUUGUAAAUUGAUAUUAGUAGCUGAAGUAAUUUUUAGGUUUCAAAUAGUGUCUCGUUCUUGCCGUAAUCAGUCAUGCAGUGAGGAUAUUUUUAGAGCGGUGCGACUAUAAUUGAAAUCCUGCUAAAUGAAACGGUUUGACUCAUAACUAUUGACUGUACUAAUUAGAAGCGGGAUAAAAAGAUUCGGAAGUAGAGACAGAAACUGGGUUAAAUCACAGACAGCAGUAUUUCAGAUUUAAAUGCACUUUCUCAGUUUGACAGCCCUGACAUUGUGUAGCUGGCAUUAUUAUUUUACCGAGGUCAGGUGUCAAAUAGAUCUCAACUGUGUGGGUAAGAAAUGGUUAUUUUCCUUGACAUUCUCACCUCCCCCUGAAACCAAAAAGACCCACUUUUUUUCCUCCGACGAGUCAGAAGAAGAGGAGGACCACAGGAAAAAAUUCAAAAUCAAGAUCAAGCCGCUGCCGGCCGAUCAAGUCGUGUCGGCGCCCUCAGUCGACGAGCUCAAAGCCUCAAUAGGCAACAUAGCCCUGUCCCCAUCUCCUCUGGUGAGUGAGCCUCUCAUUAACAAACAGCAUGGGGACUGUAUUUAGAUGUGGAGGGUGUGUAGUUAGGAGUAUUAAGGUUUUUCUUCCUUAUUCCCUCAACAGCAUUGUAAGAUAUAGACUCAGGUAUAUGUAUGUGCUGUGUGAGUUUGUAUCCACAGAGCUGUUAUAUCUGUACAAUAUUCAUCCCGCUGCUGUAACCGUGUACUGUUUGUUUUUUUUCAAUGUAGGAGCUUAAAAUGAGUCACUGCUGUACUUUUCUACAUGACAACAGAACUUGUUUGUUUUAAUGAGGCAGUAAGAAGCAGAAUGAAAUGCCUCUGCUUCACCCCCCUAGACUGUAACCAGUGAAGGGACCUGAUUUAUUAGACCUUUUGAAUUUCCAAGUCGUUAAUUUGUUGUACAUGGUCACGGCUGUCAGCGACCUCAGCGUCCUCCGGUUUUAAUUCGGUGUCAUUAAACAAAACACAGAUGCCCCGCUGCAACAGACGCCAUGUGACAGAUUCCCUGCCAAACAGCGGGGUGUGAAGCUCGUUCUGAAAGUGCUGCAGCCGCGUUGAUGAGUCCAAAUACAAGCACACAUUCCUUUUUCAGACAGUCCGUUAUGGGAGUGUGACUCCGCCGCAGGCUUUGGCCUCUGCUGCCUUUCUAGCUCCUACCUGUAAUCCCUCAUCUCUUCAGAGCAGACAGUUAGCUUGGGUGUCCGCUUUGAAUAAUUCAGGUAGGAAAGUGGGCACAUCGGACCUGUGUGUCUCACUCUGUACAGUGAGAUUGCUUGUGGUCAUUUGAGCUUGUGGACUCAAUAAUUUAAUCCAGCCUUGUGGCUCUGUUAACCUGAUCAGGUGUGAAGGUCUUUCCAUGCAGGUAAUGUCUGUGUGCACACACUUAAUAAGAACAAGACGGGGCCUAUUUGUGUCUUUUUUGAAGUGGUUCAGUAAUAAUAAGUGAUAAGUUAAUGAACAGAAAUUUCAUCAAGAAGAAUUUUGGAUGAAUAGAUUAUAGAUUCCCCUUUUUGAAACAAUAUAAAUGCUGUAAAAAAGGUCAUGGAGAUUGAUUAUCUUUUUUUUUUCAUUGUUAUUUUAUUUUUCAAGUGAACAAAAAGAUCUGAUCUGGAUUAAAAUGUAAGAUUUGUAUUUUUGUCUUUACAAAAUACAAAGUUGUUUUCUCAAACUCUUUAAGCUCAUUUCAAAAGAGGCAAUCAACCAAAACAUUUCAACAACCUUCAGUUGCUGGAUUAACUGGUCUGUAGCUUUAAUUACCAAACUACCCACCACACCUCAACUGGUUCAAAUUAGCAACACGUUGGCUGGGCAGAGCUCACACAUAAAUUACACAAGUCGCACAGUACCUCCCAGUCCCCCAGCAACUCAGGGUAACCUUGGAUAUGAAGUGGGAAUAAAUGCACGGGUACAAAAAGGAAGAGGGGCCGAAAAGUCCAGAAAGCAAACCCUGCUUUGGUCCUUUUCUUCUCUUUGGAGGCUUUUUCUUUCCAUGAGCUUGAACAGGAAGAUUUAUCCUAGAAUAAAACAUUGAUGGAUACUCUUGUUUACACUUGACAUAGCUGUCUGAACAUCAUUGUGAGACUUAACAUCGUUAUGAUCUUGUACCAAAAGCCAAAAAUGAUGUAUUCUGUGUUUAGAAAAAGACAUUACCCUCAAAGUCUGUAAGAAAAACUUAAAAAAGAUCAUUUUUUCUUGUAGUUUUUGUCAUAUUCUCUAAAAAUUAACCAUAUUUAUGGAAGAGGGGGAAUAAAAUACAUGUUUACAGCUUAUGUCUUUUCAAACCCUCACUAGAAAUCAGAACUAGCAUUACAUUCAGAGGGGCAGUGGUAAAGUCUAGGUGGAGGGUGAAGAGCUGUCGUACUACAACAGUGUUAUACAGUACAUCUUUGAUACUGCAGUCAGUGGAUGUAGGUUACAGCCUACACUGUACACAGGGGGGCUUUGCUCUGCAUAACUAAUGCUUGCCAGUCCUUGUAGUUUCUAAACUAUUCCAACUCUCUCUCCUCUUUCUUUCUCUCUUAUUUUGACAUCUCUGUUGCUGCAAACCCCUGUAGAGGAGUCCGGUAAGCCUCUGCUUUGCUUCUUCUUGUGUUAAAAUCUUGUUUUUUUUCUCUUGACCGUUUGCACUCUCACCCCCUCUUAAACACUAACUGCUUACUUGUGCUGUUGUUUUCUCAUAAACGUGCUCUGUGUUGCUGAAAAGAGGCUUCAAAAGAGAAAGACACAAAGAUAUCAUAUGGUAACUGUAGGUUUUGUAGCUGGGCCACUUCCUGGGGAAAUGGAUGGUGUUUUCUUUGAUUUCUCCUCUUGUGUAAGUGUUUUUCAUUGGGAUGUAGGACAUCGUGGUGCAGAUUCCUGCUGCAUGUGUCCUGCUCAGCACUUCUAUGGCACUCCUUUUUUUUUUUUUUCCUUGGUACUUGGAGCUGUGUCUUUUAAGAUGUUUCCACUGACUAAGAUGUCUUAAAUCUGAUUUUAAUUGGUUCUGGAGUCCUGAGAUUCCAGCUCUCAGUCCAAAUAACGAGACUACAAGUAGCAGCGACUGUGAGAAAAAGGUCAAGGAUGAAUUUAAUACGUUUGACACAAAAAGAACUAGGUCUUACUUUGCAUUUCAUUCCUCCCUUGUCUCUUUUCCACCAGAAAAUGGCUCAAUAUGGAGGCCAGCAUCUACUUUUCAUAAUGAGUUCUCUGUAUUUUAUAAGUGCAGUCAGUGUGGGCAGCUGAGGUGCAGUCAGGUUUUUGAGGAGAGUCCCCUGAGGCAAAGUAAGCUGCUUUUAUAAUCCAGCUGGUUCUGUUCACAUAUGACCUGUCUUCAUUACUUCAAAACUUAAACAGGAGUUCCAGUCCUCGAUUCAAACGGUUAUAUAAAAGCUGUUCUUCUGUUUCUUUACAUUUUCUGAUUAUAGAUAAAUAAUAGCACCAGAAAUGAGAGAAGUUCCCUUUAAAAAUCAGCGAAUCGAUCAUAGAGAGGCUAAAAGGUCAUCCCGUUGUGUUUCCUGUUUACUCGCAGCAGGUGCAACACCAUUGGUUCUGAGCAAGAGUGUUAAGCUCUGUCCUGCCCCAAUUUACCCAAUAGAAUUAAUCCCUUCCGCCAGCAUGUCCCGCCCCGUUGUUACAUCACUUUAAUCACUCAUGGCUCGCUGCACAACUGGAACAAGCACAGGAGUGAGGGAUGGGGGAAGAGGGGGAUGAUGUGAGGUGGAAGUGACGCAGGCAGAUGGAGACGUUUCAGCAGAUAUUAAAGAGACGGAAGGACGGAAGAUAGGACACUAAAAAGGGAAAGUGGAAGGAAACUGUAAAGGAUUAAUAGGCAACAUAAGUUAGCAAAAGGGAGGGACUUACUCUAGACAAGAGUGGCAGGAUGAAAGAGAAGAAAAUAAAGCUGCUCCACCUUUUUUGUUGAAAUCGGCAAUUCAAGCAGUCUGAUUGUUGCUGUUUUUAUGUAGAAACAAGCACAUUACUCUGAAUAUGCCCUCAGUUAUCUCCUCCUUAACGUCAAAGUUAUUUCCAUUCACGCUCAGAAAGCCUGAAACCUUUUUAUAAAAGACAAGGUUGGGGAUGGACAUGAUAGAAUACUUACUCCCAGAUCUUACCAGCCAGGCCAAACAAUUCUUCUUCUCUUGAUGCACACGAUGUCUGCUUUACUGAUUUGUCACUCUCUGACCAGGUAUCUCUUCUCUCUUCCUUUUUGCUGGUCACAGAGACGUAGCCCGGUAAGUGUCCUUUUCUUCCGACGCCUUGGGGUCAAGCUUGAAAAUAUGUCAUAUGCUUCUUGUGCCCUUUUGUCCGUCACCCCGUUCCCGCAGUUGAUCCAGAAAGACAGAAAAUACGUCGGUGGGUUCAGUGGCUGAGGAGAUGGGUCAAAACUGAGAGCUUGUUUGCUCUUCCAUGUAUUUUUAAACAUAUAAACAAGUUUUUGAAUAUAUUAUUUACAGAAUCUGAAGAUCACAAGUUUGCUUGUAUGCUUGUUUUUCAUCCUGAAAAGCUGCAUGCUCGGUCUCAGUAGUGGGAGAAAAUUUGCACUUUUGACAGCUGGACCCUUUGAUGUCUUACUUCAGUCACUCCCCAUCGUCGUGUCUUCUCCUCUCAUCUGCUCCCGUCUCUCCCUCUUCCUCGCUCCUUCUCCCUCUAUCUGCCCUCUGCCUUUUCUUGGCUCCUUUUGGUCCCUCUCAUGGUGGGCUCAGGCACAUCCUGGUGUUUAAAGCCACAGCUGGAGAGGAAAUACUUCUGUGCUCUUGCUUCUCAAACAUCAAAACUCAUCUCUCUUUUAACUUUCCUACGCGCCAGCUUUAUCAGCCUCUCACCUUCUCUGGUGCCUGGGCGGCUUUUUAGAUUUCAGAUGUGCAUGUUUUGAAAGCUUUCCAAUUUUCCUGCUGCGGGCAGCUUUAGUUCACCAAGUCGACGUUUUCUAUCAUGAUACUAACAAUGUUCUGGUCAUUGAAUUUUGGACUUUUAUUUCCCUGUUGGCUGAUAUUGUGUUGUUCCAUCGAUUAGCUGCUGAAGGACUCACUCUUGUUAAGCUCUCUGUGUUUUUUUUUUAUUACAUGUGCAGUUUUCUAUAAAUCUGGUACAAAUAGACUUUACAGUGAAUGUGUGUGACCAAUAUAGAGUAAGUCGUUAAUGUAUUAUCUACCUAUUUAUUACAAGACUUAAUAAGGAGUGCCUUCAGAAAUGCUGCAGUUUGGCCUACCUAGGGGUGGCAUCCACCCUGUGACUUUUCUCAUCUUCUUUCCCAUCUCUUCCAACUUUCCCACUCGUGUCUUUUCUGUCUGCCAAAGAAAGUAAGAGUGAACUAAAGGUCAAAUCUCUCUUAAAAUUAAAUCAAAACCAUUUUGCAUUAAAUCUCCCGCUGACUUCUUAUUUGUGUCUUCAACUAAACACUCCUCAGUAGCCAGUAGAUGGUCAGGCAGUCCCUCAGGUUCCUGCAGACUGAUUUAGCCUGAAGAUGAAGCUUGGAUGUUCUGCCUUUUUCAUUGUUUAAGUUCUGUUUAAACUACACAGCUUUUAAAUAAAAAAACUUAAUCAAUAGUUUUUACCUCAGCAGCACUGCCUUCUUAUAUUUUCUUUCUAUUUUCAACAACAGAACAUAACUGUGUAGGAGGCUGAACCGAGUUUCACAAUAAAGAAUACAAAUAGAUUUGAUGCAGCAAAGUCUAUUUAAGUGACUCUCUAUUUAAGUAUUUUUCCGUUUGGGUUUUACAUUUUCUCUUAUUUUUCAUCUUUCAGGGCUUAAAAAGGAACACAUCCAGUAAGUAUUAGUCUUGUAUCACAGUAGGCCGGUUACACUUUUAAUCUGAGGAUAUUCAAAAUGGGAUUCAACAGUCAAAUGAGGUUGACCGAGUCCAUUCUGGUUCCAGGUGAGGAUAUCGUCAGACCGAGACGUGUCGUCACCACUUUGCCCACUGUGGCCCCAGCCACACCACCAGCUCCAGCACCACAGCCCCCCAGGUAUGAACCACAGCGGAAACAAUUCACUUCCACCGCUGUUUAUUGUAGAGGUCAGACUGAGUGUGUCAUUGCUGGUACCUCCCUUGAAGCUGAAAGCAGUGUUCAAGCUAACAGAGGAGAUGACUAUUUCAUAUUGUAUCCAGAGUACACUCACUAGAACAGUGUCUUUUCUAGGAAGCGUAUCGAUAGAAAUACAUGAAAUUACUCGUUAAAAAAGAACAAGAACAUCUACAUUGAAGUAUAAAGGCAUCCUUUAACAUAAUAAAAAUAAAACUAUUUUUAAAAAGUGAAUAUUCAGCCACCUGCUUAAUAGUGGAGUGGCUCUUCUCUUAUGAUCCAUGUUCAUCUUUUAUAUCACCCUUUGUCUGUUGCAGCAGUCAACCAACAGCCCCAGUCCCUGAAGACACCACAGCCUUAUUUGGACCUCCUCUGGAUACAGCCUUUGGAGAACCAAAAACUGAAGGUAAGCCCUCCACUGUGUGUGUCUGCACUUGUGCUAACAGGUGUUAACCACUGUAGUUCUUUUCAUACUGUGAGAUACACAAUGAAAAGGUUUGUCUGAAAACACACUUCUUGCCUCUUGAAGGCUCUUUGCUAAGCCCAGCAGGUUCCCUCUCUGUCUCUCUCUCCUCCUCCACCUCACCUAUCUCUCUGACAUCAUUUGUUCCUCCCUCAGGCUCGCCGUGCAGCUGUAGAGUCACUCCAUCUGUUUUUGCGAAGGUCAAAGUUGAUAUUUCCUCCGAGAGGUCGUGCUCAUGUACUCAGAGCGCGGCUUGUUGAUAUGCAGAUUCUUCUGUCACUCGCUCUCAUCCAAUCCAGCAGGAUUUAGAGCCACAGGCUGGGGGGGGAGCUCAUAGCUAUUAUGCAACUACCAUGUCAGGCGUGACUAACAUCAACUUGACACAAAUUCUCUUUUUACAUUCAUUCAGCCAGACAAAUAAGACAGACCUGAGUUUGACUCAUGCAGCGUCUUAGUUUCUCACCCAUUUUUGUUUCAUCUUUAUGAGAUGGGGGGGGCUGUGAUAUGGAUUAAAUCCUCAAUCAUGGUUUAUGUAACUCUCCUCUCAGGUGACAGCUCUUCGGGUUCCAGUCCUGCAGUAAAUCUCCUCAUGAAGGUUAUAAUGUUGAGUGUUUGUAGUUUGGGAGAUGCUACUGCAACUUAAUGUUCAUUUGGUAGAGGGAGCUCGAAGCAAUAUCAGCCUGAGGAGGGUCAUUUCUCAGUAUUAUUGUAGUUACUGAUCAAAGUGAUGGAUUAAAGAAUAUCAAUACUCGUCUGUGUCGUGUUUUAAACAGCACCACAAGAGUCGGACUAACUUUACACACAGUCACAUUAAAAGUGGUGGUAAUAACAAAAGUUUGGCGGGCAAGUUUGAGGCAAAGGGCAAUUCGGUGGGUUUUUUGUUUUGUUUUGUUUUUUACCAUAGUAAUAUUCUUUUCUCCACAUCCUCAGAUUAUUCAGUUUACUGAUAUUGUGAGGAGAUAAAAUACAUGAACAGACCCAUUAAAAAAGCUGCUGUGGAAGAAUUUUACUCCUUUAAAUUACUGGAUUAUUUGAAAGAUUGGCAUAAAUUAUAAUCACUGCAGCUCACUUGCUGCUGUUUAAAAUAAGAUAAGAAUAGUUUGUCUUCUAUCACUAAAUCUGCACGGAUAUUCUCUUGGCAUGAAAAGGGUAUUGUAGUUCAGAGUUAAUAAUCAACAGCAGUCUGCCAUUAAAGCAGGGCAUCUGUUUUUUCUACAAAGGAUUUUAUUGACAUGCUGACCCGUGUUGUUUCACCUCUUACACCUAUUGCAUUUUAAAGCCCCCAAAAAAUCAGAGAACCCAUCUGUGGUUUGGUUGUAAUGCUCCUGACUCGGCCUGUUCUGUCCCCUCCUGAACUUAGUGGUUCUGUCUGAGUCCGAUGCGUGGGGGGCUCCUCUGUCAGAGCCUGAAUCCUCUUUGACGAGAUCCUUCCCGACAGGAAGUAAGUUCUGCGACUCCCCCUGCAUUUGGUUCCCUUCCCUGGAAUGAGUGCGCAAGACUCAUCAGCUCACCUCAUGAACCCUCCCUCGUCAUCAGACUAACAAACAAUCCUGCAAACUGACCCGACAGACAGCAUUUCUUUACCCGUUUCAUUUCAUCAGCCAGCUCACAACCUAAUGAGAAGUCAUUGGUUGUGCUUUGUUUUUUGGGAGAGUAAGGUAUGAGUCUCCCAAACUGCACCAUCCCGUCCUCCCUGGCUGCCUCCUUCCUGCGUUUGGCAUGGUGGUGUCACUGUGCUGCAUGGUUGAUGAUUUGUGGGAUGAUCCCGUCUCCUCACAUGUUACUAUGCCUCGCAUGUUUUCAUUAAAACUUAAGUUUCACUAAUUUAUUUAUUACAGGCUCAUCAUUUAUCGGCAUUUUCAACAAUCAAAUCAGUAACUUCAAACUCACACUGCCGACUCACCUGUCAAAGGCAGCUUUCCCUGGGUCCUAACCUGUGGUUCAUCAUGCACUUCUUUUUCUGCAGCUCCACCUCCUCUUCCUCCCAAGAAUGUCCCAGCCUCCCCUCCCUCUGCUGGCUCUCCCUCCUCAGAAAAUGCAGGUAAGACACUGUCUUUGAGAUUUCUGCUGCCUGUUGUAUGACUUUAAUUUCCAAAUCGUGUUUUAUCUCUCUGUGUAAACAUGUCGUACCGCUUUGAGAAUACAGCCUCUGAUUGGUCAAUGGUUGUCUGUGUUACAGAAGUGUCAACAGAAGCAGACAGCUCUGCCAGGAAGCCCUCAAUAGCUGACCUGGACAACAUCUUUGGGCCGGAACAGGCGCCCUCUGCUGGUGAGGACAAAGAGGACUCCUGGGUCUGCUUCAGUGAAGCAGAUCGACCUGAAGAACAAGCCCCGUCUCUGCCAGCCUCCCCACCUCCACCUGAAUCUCCUGCCCCACCUUUACCUACAUCACCACCUCCUCCAGAUGACCCUGCACCACCUCUUCCUACCUCCCCACCUCCAAAAGAAGAGCCACUGCCCUCUCUACCAACCUCCCCUCCACCGAAAGAAGAACCACUGCCCCCUUUACCAACCUCUCCUCCUCCAAAAGAAGAGCCACUGCCCCCCCUACCAACCUCCCCACCUCCCACUGAGGAGCCUGCUGCACCUCCAGUCCGCUCAGGUCCUCCUACACCUGAGGACAGGAAUCCGCCCUCACUCCCCAUUUCCCCACCCCCGGCGCCACCAAAGGAUCUCGCAUCUCCCCCUCCUCUUGAGUCACCUACCAGCGCCCCACCAGUCCCCGCUCCCAAAGCCAGAACCCCAUCGGCAGGAACCCCUCCUGCUGAAGAACCUGCUGCACGCCCCCUCCCGACCCCACUCUCCCUGUCUGAAGAGGAGCAGUCCAAGAACACGGACACCACCAAGUCCAAAGAAGAUGGAGGCGAAAGUGUCACUUCGCCCGUUGAUGCUAACCAGAGUAGCAGAAGUACGCCUCCCCCACCUCCUCCCCCAACAUACCGGGCGGUGGUUUCGUCACCAGGACCCACAGCCGGAGGCACAAAUAGUGGUGAGCCGUCCAUGAUUCUUUAUGGAAUGAAGUUUAAGGUUCCUAUUGUUAGAACUGACCUACUGAAUGACGCCCGGAGGAUAGUAUGUCCAGACGACAUAAAUCUUUGGAUUUAUUCCAGUCAGGUGACGAGUAAAAUCAGUUAGGAGUUGGUGAUAUUUGGCCAGAAUCUCAGUGCACGGUCUUUGUUCAUCAAGUUGCAUAAAUCAAUCCAAAAUUAAUUUUCUGUGGAGGAGAUAUUUUUAGGUUCUUAUUUGUGCAUCGUCACCCAUCUGCAGAAUCAGGUUUUUUUGUUAGCAAACUGACUCCUUAAAAGUUCUGUGUUCAUUUUAUUGCACUUGCUGAAACUUUAGUGGGAAUCCUCCAUCAUUUUUGUCCUUGUUGAAAGAAGAUCAACAUGUAGAGCACACUGAAGCCUAGAUAAGGUACAAACCCUGAGCCACAGCUGCACAUCCUCCCCUCUUCCUGCCGCUAACCUUUCUGUCCAUCUGUAGCUGCAUUUUUUUAUCAAACAUGUACUAAAAAAACAUCUUUAGCUGUCCUGUCAAACCAAAUUUUUGCUAUAAUAUAAAACAAAAUGAUCUUUGACAAAAUAAGCAUCGCAAUGCCAACUUUCACAUCUUUCCCCCUAAGGAAAGCCAGAUAAGCUGUGAACUCAAAAACAUGGAGAACACAAAAACUGUAUGAGAAAAAAAUCAAACUUAGACCAGCAGUUCUGAACGAUACUGUUUAAGAGAGUAACUCCUCUCCUGUGUGUUUCUGUUCUUUUCUGCAGGUUCUUCUUCUCCUGUGCGACCCGCCACCCCAUCAUCAGUCAACCAAACCCCACCACCUCCUCCACCUCGCCCCCCAUCACGGCCCAAACUUCCUCCAGGGAAACCCACUGCAGGAGAUGGGGUGAGCGUCACACUUUGUGAUAUUUUGAAUUCUCAUUGAGAUGGCAGUGUUGCAAGUGUCAACGAUAAUGAAGGUUUCAACAAUCAAACUGUCACUUUUGAAACAAGCUCUGAUCAGUUAAUCCUGCAGGGUUCAGUCACCGCUCUGCUGUUCUCUGGCUGGUUUGAUUAUUUGCAUGUAGACUAAUAGAAAACUUUUGCAACAGUCUCUCAGAGAUAGACAAAGUUCAACAAGUUCCUUCUGAUGAAAUGAGAUGAGAGAUUUCCUGGUGUAACAGAGGCCCUCAGAAUCAGAGGUUCAAUCAAACACAUAAACAGUGAUGCUGAAGUGUUUCCACGCUAAUCUGUCUUCCUCUACUGCCCUCAGAGUCGCCCAUUCAGCCCACCAGUCCACUCUGCCAGCCCCCCACCCAUUGCUCCAUUGGCACGGGCCGAGAGCACCUCCUCCAUCUCCUCCACCAACUCCAUGAGUGCCGCCACCACGCCGACUGUGGGUAAAGAGCUCUCCGUGUCCGUGUCAGGUGUGUGCCCCCUCAACAGCCUCUGAGCUGUGAACCCUGCUGUCUGAAGGGUUGGAAUUCAACCGUUUAUCUGUGAUAUUAAAAGUCCAUUGAUGAUUUGAUGCUCCGGCCCUGUCCUUCCUAUUCCUCGAGUCGUUUGAAUGAGUCAUGCAGUUCUUUAUUUAUUCAUUCAUAUUUUUUAAUUUAAUUCAAACAUUUUUUUGAAAGGUGACUGAUUCCCGACAAUGAUAGUCUAAUUAAUGAUGAAUUGAAGUUAUUCAGAUACCAAACCUGCUGUUGUAUCUGAUUACCAGGCAUCAUUAAACCAAUCCCUGUCAGCUAUUACCAUCUGGGGAUAAAUUACAGCUAGUACGUAAUGACAAUUUGUAUCUUCAUUUCUUUUUCAUUUAAAGUGGGAGAGAAAUACUCUUGAGGGUGGUUUUGAUAGCACGAGUUGUUAAACUGUGUAUAAAUAUUGUCUAGUUUAGACAAGCGCACACAAACACAUUCAUAAUUACACCCUCAUACACACAUACUCCUGUUAUGAGUGGGAGGUGAGAGCUAGAGGAGGGUGUUAAUAUUAAUUUUCAAGAGCAAACAUUCCUUUUAAGCCGUCCUUUACUGAAUUAAUGGCACAACAAGAGUUUACACUCUUUAAUCUAACUUUAGAGUCAGUGCUGAGGAACCUGAGUGGAUAAAUGCAAAUCUCAGCAGGCUGUAACAUGGCUGAGUCAUAUGAGAUUAAAAAAUAGACUCUCUGGAGGCAGAAAUAGUUAUAGGAUUUAGGGCUGCCAUUUUUAGGCAGAUUGCAGCGAUAAGCAUAAAGGUAUAGAAUCAGACUCUUCCAGCUGAGCCUUCAUUGUAGAUCUGAAUCCAUGUAUAAGCAGAUGCUCUGGAGAGUCAUAGCUCUUCCACAUUCAGUCCCUUCUGGUUAAACACUCUCAUCUUGAUUGCGAUGACGAUCACUUUUCCUUUCUCCAGUUUUAUUUUUGUUUGCAUGAUUGUACUUUGAUUUUAAUUUCUCCACGGUUGGAUUUGCUUUCUGUAUUUUGUUUUUACUUUUUUUGCCUUUUUUUCUUCUUUCCUUUUGCUCUGUCAGAAGACGAUGCUUAUGUAGACAAACUGCCCACCUUUGGGAGACACUUUGAUUCGUUUGCAGGUAGAGUAACAAUCCCCUCAGAGAGAGGGGAAGAGGGCCGAGAGGGCUGUGUUGGUUUUUGCAUCUGUUUCAUGCGCUUUACCCAGAGUGCACUUGGCAUAGAAGGGUAAAGGCAAUUACUGGGUGUUUGUACUUUUAUGAUUAAUAUGGGUCAAAAAAUGUCGGUAUUAGGACACUGAGACUCUUUUUUAUUAUCCUCUCCACAUUUUCACUGACUUUGGAGAAUGUUUUUUACCUUCACUGAUCUAAUAUCGAGACCUCUCAGAUUGGGAGAAACUUAAAAAGAGGUCGUCUCUGUCCAUUUUCCUAAUACCUACUUAUUUGACCAGACAGCUUCAGGUUUUGCUCUCAGACGUAGGGACAUACCACACCUUCAUUUUUUUUCUUUUGAAACGUGGCAGCAUUUUCCAGUGAAUUGGUCAUUUAUCGUCACCGUUUUUGCUCCCGCCAGCUCAUACCUUCCCACACAUUUCCCAAGCAUUUAAUAGAUAUGAUAGAGGAGGAGAAAGAGAGAGACAGAGAGGCUCUCUCUCUCUCUAUCAUUCUCUAUCCCAUCUGCACUUGACACCCCCUCAGUCUCUCAUUCACCCUCAGAAAAAAAAAAAAAAAUCUGCCAGAAAAAGAAAAGAAAGCUGUGGUCACACGAAAAGCUGCAUUAAUAUUUAACAUUUAAAGUGUGCGUGUGUAUUUUUUUUUCUUCUUUUGCCAUUUUGCCCAUCUACCUGCUCGUGGGACCUUUCUCUCUGUUUUAUGACUGUGCACCAGUGGCUGUCUAGCCAUGUCACCAUGGCAACCUCCUGUUUCUACUCUUGGCGACGCACAUUAUAUAUAUGUGUGUGUGUGUGUGUGUUUGUGUGCAGAGUGCAGUGCAGCCGCUCCCAGAUACCUUUACUCUCAGUCUGCACCACAAGAGUGUAUUUGUGUGCCGUGUGUUGAAUAAGCUCCUCUGAAGAGCUCCUCAUCUGUGGGCCCUCGAGAUCCAUAUUGUCUGUCUUCUCUCUCACACACACUCGAACACACACACACACACCCUCAUACAUAAUGUCAAAUCAGAGCUGCUGUUCACGGAGUCGUUUGAAGUUUGGCAUGUGAACUAAGUCAAAUUAGACGGGCAGCAUCUGUUUGGUAUUCAUGCUUUUCCCUCUGCUGCCAAAGCAGCGCAAUACAACCGCGAGUUCAACUAAGCCUCGGUUUACUCCCACACUCGACCCUUGACACCUACCUUUCGCACCUGUCACUCACACUCUCCAGGCAUACACAAGCGCAGCCCUAAACCAGCCCUCCCCCAGCUGAACACCUGCCCUUUUGUUCCCCUCAUGGAGCACCACGCUGCUCCCAUCAUUCCAUCACCCAAAGCUCUGAUAGUUCAUUCACUCAUUCACUCACUCACUCACUCAGUCACUGCCAUCGAAACAGGACAAUGUAGACGAGCAAGUUUACCCUGCUUAGCAAGGAGAAAUUCUGUAGCAGACUAAAACACAGGAAAAACGUAUAUGCACACAAUCAGUGGUGGAGCUUUGUCUGUGGGAUGAGUUUCAUUUUAGGAGCUGGACUCCUACAAAGUCCUUGACCAAAAAGAUUAUAACGGGCCGGCCUCCUUUUCAUCGUCUGGUCUAAAUGCAUCUGAAAAAUGAGCCAAAGUUUGAGGACAUAAUCAGAGUACCCACAGCAGCCUGCAACAUCUCAAAGUCUAAUUAUUCUCAACCUUUUUGGCCUGCAAACUCAGAGCAAACUAAGCACUGAUAGCUUUCUCCUCUCAGAUGCUUUUUUAGAUGUAUUUUUAAGAAUAUGCCAGUUUGAGUAUUUGAGAAUUUUCCUUUGGCUAAAAAGGUCAGGAAAUAUAAGAUUUAAGUGCGUAAAUGGAUGAAUUUUACUGCUAAGCGCGUAACUUCACUGAAUCUGUCUUAAUGCCCCCUUUUGGCCCUUAAGAUUGACUCUAUUCCACAUUCAUAGUCUGAGCUCUUAGCAGGAUUCAGGCCCCUGAAAUAGAAAAACAGCAUCUGUCUGUGCACCACAGUCCCCCCGGCAGUCUCAUGGCUGCCCCCUGCAGGGUGUUUUCAUGUACGACAGCCCAUUUCCAUGUUUCAUAAUAGGAAAAAAAGAGGCCUUGAGGAGAAUGUGCAUGGCGAGACACUAAGAGGAAAAACACAAGAAAGACUGACACACUGCGCCUCAGAUAAAGAAAAGCAGGGUUAGUUUUAUAAUCAAGCCUUUGUGCAACUCAGAUGAGCAUCAGCUGGUGUAGAUGAGUUGUUUUUGGCAAAAUAUGACCUUGAUUUUGGAUUUCAAAUCACUGAGAAUAUGUUUAAAAAAUUAAUCAGCAUGAGCAGGCGCUUUCUUUUUGGAACAUUUGCAGCAAUUUUAUCCAGAUUUAGGACUUAUUCUUGUUUCCCCAUCAUAGGACAAUAGGCCAAAGUACUUAGAUUUAGUAAGUUUAGAUUUCCUCGAUGGUCUGGAUUAACACCACUUUGACAAACAACAAUUAUAAACCGUCUCAUUAAAAACUCUAAGGGACUCAGAUCCUGAAACUCUCUCCUGGCAGCUCCCCUCAAACUGCACAGCCUCCACUCUCUCUUUUCUAUACUACACACCAUGCACAUCAAGUUGCACCAUCAGAAAGCAUCCAGCAGCAAAUACCUGACCCUCACUCCACCUUCACUCCCGCAUUCCCUCAAUCACGCAAGCACCCCGAAAAGAAACACACCCCUCUUGUUCUGUCUCGGCUUGCGGUGGCCCCCCUUUGUCCUCAUUCGUCCCUGACCUCCACCUUCACGUUUCACCUCACUGUGACGUGUGAUGGACCUGCCAUGUGAGACUCACGCUACUGUCCUUCUCUCCUCUCCUCACCCACUUCCCUCCCUUUCAAACCUCUUCCUCCUCUCCCUCCUCCCUCCUCCUCCUCCUCCAUCCCUAAACCCCACACAGAGAAUGACCAGCCAUCCCUUGUUUGGUUUGACAGAGGGAAGUUUUAUUUAACCUUUGAAGGUAAGUUUGAUCUGCACCAGGGUAGCGUCACAUGCACACACACUCUUUCUGAGGCUCAUCUGUGCAAGCUUCACCCCUCCUUUUCCCCUUCCUUCCUUCCUUCUUCCUUCCUUCCUUUCCUUACUCUUCCUCUUUUGCAGCCCCUUCAUCACCCCUUAACCCAUGCCGUGCUAACUCCUUGCUGAGCCCCCUCAAGUGCUACCAAUUAAGCAGCCUUGUCAUAUCUCCAGCUCCGUUCUCCUCUUGACAUUGUUCAUUCUCAUUUCUUCUUCGACUGCCUUUCAUUCACUCCCCGAAGAAUCAUCGUUCUUCGUGUUCUGCGCUAAUCUCUCUGUCGUCACUUUUGGCCGUUUGGUUCUUGGUUUUGAUCUUUGGACUGUUUGAUCUUCUUUGAUCUUGUCAGACUGAUUCAGCUUCAGCAGCAACCAGCAUGCAUCUCUCUCUGUCUCUCUUUCUCUUUUCUCUCUGCCUCUGUCUUUCCUUUCUUUUCUAACUCUGCACAUACUGAAUGAAAAGAAGAAGUGUGUAGCAUGCUGUCUGAAAAAAAACAAACAUACCUCUGAGGGAGACAUCUGAAGUAGUUUUGUUUGAUUUCACAGUCAAGAGCAGAGAGAAAUGAGUGUCCUCUUUGCACAUAACUUGAAUGUUUUCAUGCCACCUUACUAACACCAAUAUUUGUUCCAAUCAUCUCAAACUGUUGUAAAGUUUCAUGCCGUUACAACAGUUUGCUUACCUUGAGUUGUUUCUCAUUUCAUCCAUUUACCCCGUUGAUGAGGAAGAGUGUAGUGUCAAGGUUUGGAAAUUUGAAGAUGUACCUUUUCAUAUUGACUGUAAAAUGUGUGACUUUUGACCUAAAAAACAGAAAAAGCGAGUUAAAAGUAAAAAUUGACUAAGUGGAUUGUAAAUUAUGGAUUAAGUUGGAUUAUGUGUUUGUGUGUACUCGGACUACUUCACUUUGUGUGUCUUUGUGUGCGUGUUUGCUCCCUCCAGGCUGCUCCAGAGGGCCCAGUCCUCUCACCAUGGGGGCUCAGGACACUCUUCCUGUAGCUGCUGCUUUCACUGAGACGGUCAACGCCUUCUUCAAAGGGGCUGACCCCAGCAAGUAAGCACACAAGUGACAGAAAUAUAAAGGGAAUCUAUUUAGAUAAUUGAUUAUUUGAUCAGAAAGAAUUUAGUCAUUUUCUAAGAAUUUACCCUAAAAGUUAAGAUUAGAUCUAUUUAGCUCCUAAGGUGAGGGGUGAGGAGGACUUUUAGAGGUUUCAUAGUUUUUCAAAUUUAGUGGGAAAUACAGGAAAAUGGUAGGAGUGUCCCGAUACAACUGUUUUACUUCUGAUACAAUACUGAUAUUGUGGCCUUCAGUGUUGGCCGAUAUCGAUAUUGAUGAAAUAUUGGCAGAAACUUGUGCAUGACAAGUUUUGCACUCAGUUGCAAUGUCUUUUUCAGACUUCAAUGAAAAAUACUGUCACUUGGCCGACAUCACUCCUACUUCUUGCUACUUUGUUAGUACCUUAGUACACACUGUUGUUGUGAUCACGUGGGCUCUGCAUGCUGGAUCCCAGCUCUGCUAGAUACAGAUGCCAGAGUAGAGUCUGGAAUGGACUACUUGUAUCAGAGUACUGAUAUUGGAGAUUUUAGAUGCAGGCCAAUAUAAUACAAUAUUUGUUUUUGCUGAUAUCGGGCUGAUAUCCAGUAUUAAUAUCAGAAUGGGACAUCCCUAAAAAAUGUUAAUAUGGGAGAGGAGCACUCCAAGUCGCUCUUGUAUCUUCAAGCCAACACAGCAUCACUAAACGUCUCGAGGUAGUGGAUCUGUGUGUGGGAAAACUGCUUUAACUCAGCCUGAGAAAAAAGAUGCAGCACAGGUGGCAUGUAUUUAUAUUUUGAAAGAGAAGCUCAUAAUUUAUCCACCAGAAAUAGUGACUAGGCCCCCAAUCACAGCUUUCAAAAGAAUGUUUCAUACACAGCAAUGAGGUCAGCCACACCCCCUCUCUGAAAUAAAAGUAUCCGCCCCUCUUUUGCUCAGAGUUGCUCUGAGUUCAUUCUUAAAUCACUCCCAAGCUCAGAGUCCUUGUUAAAAGUUUUUCAGCUGAGUAAGGAGCUCUCUAAGAAGAUUCUUCGAAUGUUUGUGAACACAGGCCCAGGCGGCUAAUCACUUAAUCUAAAAUAAUCUGGAAUUGUUGCUCCAAACAAAUAGAUUUACACAUAUUAACAUGUGCCUUUACAGUUUGGUUUCUCUGACCUGGAUCUCCACUCUUGUCACUGGUGUGAAUACAGUAUUAUCAUCUAGAUUAUACAUCAGUAUCAUGAAGGGCUGGGCAGUAAACCGAAAAUUUACUGAUACUGAAAUUUAUGACAAUAACCGACGUCAUUUUGCUCAUAUCGGUAUGUAUAGUGUCAAAAAACUAAAUAAAUAAAAGUUUGUUUUGGAUGUGUGUAGGUAGGCUAUGGUCUCAUGUCCCUUUAAGACACUUUCCUACAUCAGAGACAUGACUCCACCCCAUCCAGUUAGUAACAAAGAGGGAAAGACAGGUGAGGAGAUGGAGGACGGUUCAAAAGUUGUAGCAGCUGGAGCGGUGGCAGAAGUAGACGAAGUUAAUGUGGGAGGGGGUGAGCAGCUUGUGGAGAAGUUAUCGUAAUCGAGGGGAACUGCUCAAUAUAUCGUGAUAUUGAUAUGAGGCUAUAUUGCCCAGCCCUAGUAUCAUGUCAUAUACAGAAGCUCCAUGUCAGGAACACUCAGCAUGUCCAGCCUCUGGGUUUACUCUUCUGUCAAGUUGUGUUAAAACGAGUGGAAGUAACAAGAUUUUUUUUAACUCCAUUAAAAUGUCAGACAUUUUUAAUUUUUAAUGAAAAUGAGAACGAAGACUUUCUACAUAUACAAAAUUAACCAAACUUUAAUUUAAAAGAAAAUUUGUCUGUGAAUCACAAAACAAAGACAGAAACGGAAUACCGAGAAGUGGGUACAGUAAAUCUUCAGCGAAUGUCUCCAGUCUUUACUUUGUCACUCUCUCACGUCUCUUUGUCUUCCUCUUCCUCUCAGGUGUGUUGUGAAGAUCAUAGGUGAGAUGGUUUUGUCGUUUCCGGCGGGAAUCACUCGGCACUUUGCCAAUAACCCGUCCCCUGCCACGCUAACCUUCAGCAUAACCAACUACAGUCGGCUGGAGCAUGUGCUGCCUAACCCCCAGCUCCUUUGCUGGUAAUGACACCGAUAUGAAGUCACCACAACAGAAUCAAAGAAAAUCACAUUUAAAAAUUGUGUUUUUAUGAAUGAAGGACAUGUCCAAGUAGAGAGUUGAAGAUGUACAAUGACACAAAAUAACAAUAAUUAAUCCUCCAGUGUACGUGUUUUAUUGUUAGUUUGGAAAAUUCCUCCUAAAUUAACUUCAUCUGAACAUAUCAAAAUGUCCUCACUUGCUGUCCAUUACCAUCAGUAUUAAUAAUUUAACCGACACAGCAUUUUUAAAUCUAAGCCUUAAAAGCAUGAUCCAUCUAUUCAUACUACGCAAAUAACAAACAAUACGAAUCUCUAAUCAACUGUUAGUUUCAAAUUUAUGUAUUUUCCACAAUAAUCAGAGAAUAUUAUAUGAUCUUGGUAAUAUUCAUGUCCACACAACAAAACCUACUUUUUAUAUUUACUCUCUGUCAUAGCACCAGGGCAGUCUUAGUUUAUGGAGAGCAUUUCUUUCACAAGAGAAAUGAUUCAUUCAAAAACAAGAGGUGUAGAAUAUACAAAAGAGUAAAUGAACAUGAUCACAAGACGUGUUUGAGUGUGUGUAAUCAAGCUGUUAUAAUGAACCAAAACUUAAUCUGUGAUUGUUUUUACAUUUCUGGACUUGGAGAGGAGAUUUAGACUAGAAAAUCCAGGAAACCGUCUCAUGAAAGUUUUCAGAUCUUGUUUGUAGUGGUGACCACACACAGAGGAUGAGUAAUUAUAGUGAGAUCAUCUCAGACAUUCAAGCUGACCGCUGAUUGUGUCAUUAUGAAGUCAUUAGCGUUAGUCAGACCCUCUGGAGAAACAGUCGUUUUUCUUUUACUCCUUAGUCCUGGAUAUAUAAAUAUUUAAUGGAUAUUAUCAGAAAAUAGAAAAUCAAAGCUUUUCCUGAACUCAGCGUCGUGUUUGUAAUCUGUGUUCGUGAGACCUCUUGUGGUUAAUUUUUACACUGACGAUCCAGACUGUUAGUCUAAAGUUAUGACUGUGAAAAUGAGGUUGCUGUUAUCGUCACUCAUUACUUUAAAUCAGAGACUGGAGCUGCCUUAUUAUUUGACUUUAAUUGAAAUUUAAUUUAAUUGAAUAAAAACACUUUAUUGUCAUCAUACAAAUGCAUGCCGAGAUUGAGAGCUGCCCAGUGGGUGCACAAAUAGUUAAAAUAAAACGGACUAGGUAAUAAAAAUAACAUACACGCAAAACAAACAUGUAUAACUGUUUAACUGUGUUAUUUCACAAAAUAAAAGAGAAAAAGUUUCUUUUUUACUCACUCGGUAAAAUUUUACGUUUUAACUUUAACUGUGCUUCUUCCCCCACAGCGACACCACCACACAAGCCAAGGCUGACUCCAAGAACUUCUGGGUGAACAUGCCAAACCUGAUAUCGCAUCUAAAGAAGGUGGCAGAGCAGAAGCCACAGGCGACAUACUACAAUGUGGACAUGCUCAAAUAUCAGGUAAGAUCAGUUUUAGACUUCACUGAGCUGAGAGGGACACAGCAAAUCCUAAACCCUGCUGUGCUCUUUGCCAAGUUUUGCAGGGUGUCUGAAUGAACUGGAGGGACAACAUUCAUACUGUGUUGGAUGAAAUGCUUUGGCAUCUUCAGAGCUGAAAUACAUGCUGCAUUUUCCUUCAGGUAUCAGCAGAUGGGCUACAGUCGAUUCCUCUAAAUCUGGCGGUGAGUUGGAGAUGUGAGCCCACCAGCACCGACCUGAGAAUAGACUACAAAUACAACGGGGAAGCCAUGACAACACCGAUGGCCCUCAACAACGUGCAGUUCCUGGUCCCUGUGGAUGGAGGAGUUUCAAAGCUACAGGCAGUGUUACCUCCUGCUGCAUGGUAUAACACAGUUUAUACCGCUUAUGUAUAUUUAUAUAUACGCCUGUGUUUCCAAUGAUAUAGUCUUCAGAAAGGGGCAAAAAAACAGCAUGCAGACAGAAGGAAUACCACAGCAUUCACUGUUUAUUUUUUAGUGCUUGUCUUGGAUUGGCAGUGGAAAUACAGACAACCGAAUGAGUCUAUUAAUUAGUGUAUUAAGAAUAAAAAAAAUUAAGUAUAGAAAAUACAGACUUUUCAUAACAAGGUCCAAUCUGCAUUAAGAUACUUUUAAAAAAGGACAAGUUUGUCGAUGACCACAUGGCAGAGCUUAAAAACUGGUUCAAGGGUUAAUCCAAAAGUUAAGUGCUUCAGAUAAAGUUUCACACAGGUGAUACUCCAAACAGAGACAGCUUAUAUCAGAAUUAGGUUUCAGCUAAUACAAGCAAUAUAUUAAAUAUAUAUAUUUUUAUUCUGAUUUAUUCAGUAAGAUUUACGUUUCGCAUCAUCUGAGAGACCUCAAAUUAGAGAUGACAAGACUUAGCUUUUUGUCCAAAAGGUGGUUUGAUUUUGAGGCAUCACUCGUCACUUUCCCCCAGAGCUUGAUAGACGUGUUUUUGUGCUUUCUUGUAAUCCGCGCAGGAAUGCAGAGCAGCAAAGAAUCCUGUGGAAGAUUCCUGACAUCUCACAGAAAUCUGAAAAUGGAGGUAUGCACAGCGACUUUUUAGUGCAGGUGUUUCAUUUAGAGGUGUUGAUCCUCUUUGAAAACUCAAGUGAUGAAUAUGUCUGACCUAUACUGUCAGACAUGUAAAUAUUAGACAACAUCCAUGUUGGUCUGAUCAUCACACAGGGACAGUUUUUUUUUUUACACUGUUGGACUUCUAAAUUAGAUAUUUGUCUAUAUCUAAUGAAACCCUCUGGAGUGAGGCACAUUUUUUUAGGUUGUAACUCUUUUGUGUUCAGAAAUUGAAAAAAUAUCCACAGCCUGAGAAAAGUUUUUGAAAAACAGUUAAAAAAAAAAAAGAUCAUAACCACAUGUUUAAGAUCAGAGCAAAACACUCCAAGAAGAUAAAAGCUGAAAAGAAAAGUUUUUACUGCUGUAUAAUUUUUCUUGUACAACCUGAAAAUCAGUGAGAGACUCAGAUAUAACUGAGUAAGUUUCCUCCCAGAACUAGAUGGAGUCUUGAAAAAACAGCGCCCCCCUCUGCUAGGAUGUGGUGUUACACUUCUUUCAGUCCAUCCCGUUGAUGUGUGUGUGUGUGCCUCUUUUUCCUCUGAGGUUCUAAGAUAAAACAUCUAUAAAGAAAUAUAUUAACACAUACUUUGUCACGGUAAAGGGUAGUUUAAGUUUCAUGUCUAACAGUCUGAUGUAAGUUCAAAUGUUGUUGGCCUGUUUUUCUCUGUAUCUCAAAGCUGAGGAUCUUUAGGGUUUACCUGAUCUCUAAGAGAACAAUACUGAAUCAGAUUAUAUAUUUUAUACAAGAGAGAAAGAUCUGUAUCAAGUCAAGAAAACAAAAUCAAACAGACUGCCAUGGGAUAAUAAACUAUGUUUUUACAUCAAAAUCUACUUUUCUUCAGAGCAGCUUCCAGAGAUGUCUUUGAAUGACCUUGUCUCCUUUUGUCACUUAAUCUGUAAAACUAAAUAAUCUAUAACCACAUCUGUGAUUGACACGUGUCUUUAUGAAUUCGUUCUGUCCCCUCAGGUGUGGGAUCGUUGUUAGCACGUUUUCAGCUCACAGAGGGUCCCAGUAAACCGGCUCCACUGGCCGUGCAGUUCACCAGUGAGGGCAGCACACUGUCAGGCUGUGACAUCGAACUGGCUGGGCCAGGAUACCGUUUCUCACUCAUCAAGAAGAGGUUUGCUGCAGGUGAGUUUGCCCUUUUAUUUACAACAUAUGGAGAGAUUUACCUGAUUGAGCAUCAUGUGAUACAAGCAAGAGGGAAGAUUCGUUUAGUUUUCCGUUUUUCCUUUGCUUAUUCAUUUAUUUAGUUUCAGUUUUGUCUAAUUUUAUUUACACUACAAUCAGGCUGUAGGAUUGUAAAUCAUAGUGUCAUAUGCUUUCUAUAAAGGAGGAUAGUGGAUUCUAUUAUUAUCAGAGUAAAUGUCUUUUAAUUUCAUCCAACUGUAAGUCAUUUAACCCCUGUAUUUAAUGACCUUUUCCAUAUUAACAAUCUGUAAUUCAUGCAGAUUAAUAGUGGAAAGGCAGACAGAGCACAGCACUGGAUAUUUUCAGAACCACAUUUUUCAUCUGCAUGUAGCGUUCUUAUCCCUGUUAUUGCAUAAUGAAGCGCUUUAUUCUUCCUGAAGUAAAUCAAAGACCUUCCAUGGACCCAUAAAUGACCGAGACGUUUCAUUGACGUGUUUCAGGAAAGUACCUGGCCGACAACUAACUGUUGUGACUGAGAAGCGCACUGUUGAACCAAUCAAUCGCAGUGGACCGAGGCUGACCCCGAGGACAGAGACAAACCGACACCAGACAGACUUUCCAUAAACCCUUUCUGAACCCACACGGCCGACAGGUCUGCAGCCUACCCAGCAGUAUUGUAUAACUUGCAUAUAGCAUCGUGGAGCUGUUUUAGGUCACGUAAUUAUCGUAUUUGUAUUCAUUUCAUAACAUCUGUAUUGCUGCAGUUAGACACCUGGGUUCCUCCUCCCUCUGAAGUCUGUGCCUCUGUCUCCAUCCUCCUCUGGUCAAUGUGUGGUGGUGUGUUUUUUCAAAGUUUCACUGCAGCUGCCUGACGAAAAAGACUUGGACAAAAGGCGUUCAGUUCAGAAUUGACGUGCUGUUUGUCGUCCAGCAGGAUUUGGCUGUAAAAGAAAAGAAAAAAAAAACCUGAAAAAGAUCAAAGCGGUCUUAGGCACACACACACACACCUCAACCUCUGGCACAUCUCAAGUUAAACUCAAAGAAAGGUCCAAGACGAAACAUGGUGAGUUGACCACCUUCAUUAGCCGGUGAUGAAUCAUCUUCGUCUUAAAGCCUGAGACGGCUGAUUCGUCCCGAUGGCAGCCAUUUGCCAGCAAGUAUAUGCAUUUACCGGUGCACAUGUUGUCACACACAGCUAAGUGAAAAGUGUGUUUUGUCUGUGCUCAAUGCAAUCAGAUGGAGAACAGGAACAAGUAUCUACAUUUAAAACCGAUUUACACGCGUCACCUACUGGUACUACAGGGUCACAUGACUUUGGAUCUCAUCGUUUUUAACAGAAAUGCACUGAUCAGUCAAUCAAACUGUUGUUUUAUUUCUCCGUUUUAUGCAGACAGAGAGGGGGUUCGUAGCUAGUUAGGCAGCUGCAAUGAUAAAUCAGUGUACUGGUUGCAAAAUAAGAAACUCUGUUUUUCCCGUCAGAACAAAAACAAGUGUACAAAGUGUCAUUUUAAAUCAAUAAUAUAUAUCUUAAAGGGCGUUUGGUGUUUUCCUCGUAUUGUCGGAUAGCCUUUCUGUUGUUCCCAGGACAGCAGUGAUAGCCUCCAGAGUACAUGACAGCAGUCUAUUUUUAUUUAUUGAUGACGAUGAUUUGUUGUAUAAAACAUGUGAUUCUGUAUACAAAUAGAGUUUGAAUGGUAUCACUCGGCUCAGAACCCGAAAAGGAGGUAUAAAUAUUUGAAUUCUCUCUCUUUUGUUAUCUGUGUAGUUGGGUAACCUGUGUACAGUAUAAGGUAUAAUUUUUGAAUUUAUUUCAGAUAUAAUUUUUUAACUCAAGUGCAACAGAAGAUUUGAGCUAUAUAUAUGGGCGGGGAGGGGUAAUUUAAAGAAACUAUCUUCCUGGAUGCUGUGUUAUGCUUUGUGAAAGCAGUGUUAAUGUAGAGUUAGUUAUACCAUGGGUAAGGUCCACACUUUUAAGGAAGGAAGCUUGACAUUUUUGGGAAAUGUGCUCGCCUUUUUUUAAAGAAUUACAGAUGAUCAGUGUCGCUUAUGUCUGUCUGAUUAACAGGAGACUACAGCCAGGAACUAGGUUUGCAAAACGCCAGGAAACAGUGAGUCUGGCUUUGUUAUAGGAGGGAAAAAGCUCACCAGCAGGAGCAGAUUUUAUCCAGCUGUUAUCUGUAAACCUGUAUGAAUGUGAGGAUAGAGCUUACAGGAAGUAAACACCAGAUAAUUGUGAUCCAUAGAUGGCUUUGUGUCCUCCACUUCAGUCCAGACUCCAACAUUUUAACUCCCAUUUCACUUUUAACACAUAGUUACUUCACCAAAUAGGAAAGAUUGCAGCAACAUUAUGGACCGAAAAUGUACUUGCUCUGGAUUUUGACACAUGCCUGUAAAGCUGAUGGUUUUUUCACUAGGUGUCCACCAAUAUCGGCAUGCUAACUUGCUAAGCUUAGAUAGUAAACAGAGUCAACAACUGUCUCUGUGAUGGUUAGGGUUUAGCUCAAAUCUGUGCCUGAGUUCAGCCUCACAGGGCUGAUUGUCCCGUGAGUCCAGCUAAACAGACGGACAUGACAGUGGCCUCAAUCUUUUCGUCUGUUUUUUACACAGAAAGUCAGUCUCUGUUUCCCCAAAAUGUCAAACUUUUCCUCUAAUUAAUGUCGGGACAAAGACAACAGAAGAAAACCGUUUUCUCCAACAGGCAGAGUUGAAGUUUGGUGACCGUGGUACCACUUCUGUCCUUUUUUUUUAGUUAUUCAAACUUCAUUUUGAUGAAACAGGAAGAAAAAACAGUUGUGUGAAUCAUCCUCCUCUGUUCCCACAUCGAUGUUCAGUCCAUCUUCAUCUUCGAUCACCAGUCGAACCUGUUUUCUUGCCUGUUUCCCUUCACUUCAGUGGUACCCUCACCCCUGACUUUAUCAUAAGGACCCCCCUGAUCAUCCAACCAGCGCUUGAAUCCAUGGCUUUAUUUUGCAUAAUUGUAAUGGUCUCUGUGAGAUGACAUGAUCGUAAUGAGGUUGUGGAGCAAGGUUAAGUUGACCAAAAUGCUUUUUUUUUUUUUUUUUUGUAUUUUAUGUGUGUGUACCCCAGACAGUCAGUCCUCUGUUAAGGAGAAUAAGCUGAAUAUUUUUAAAACAGAUAAAAGUGAAAAAAUAUUAUAUUGUUUAAUGUGUAAAAAAAAAAAAAAACACUGUGCUGACGAUGUUGAACUUCCUGAAUGCUCUGACACUCAACGUGAAGAACAAAAAGUGUGUGUGAUCUUCGUACUGUACUGUAUGUCGGCAUUCUGCUAAAUGCAACCAAUCAUUGUCCUCCAGAGCUGCUGAAGAGAAACGUCGAUUAUUAGCAACAUGAUACGACUUCCUUUCAACAAUAAACCAAAUUUUUUAACAGACUUGGUUUCGAAACACGACUGAUCGGUCUCUAAAAUUAUUAGAUUUGAAGUAAAAACUGACUUUUAGCCGAAUUUCGGAUUCCUUUGAGGCUGCGUUACUUUGUCGGUGCAAAGUGAUGAUGAUUGGUGCUAUUUAGCCCGCACAUUAGUUUGGUGACGCUCCUCUCAGACAUGUUUGUCCUUCACUUUGUCCUUGACUGGACAGAUCAGCGUGUCUGACAGAAAGCUGUUACCUCCCUCGUGAACCUUUAAGCUAUCAGCAUAACAGUCACUGCAGCAUUAUCUACAGAGGCCCACCGUACACAUUCCCAUCAUGCAUUUGUUUCCCACUACACUAGAACAAAACUCACUCUCAGUCAGCGACUGGCACCUGGUUCGAAUUGGAUCAAAACUCGCACAUCUCUGUAGUGAACUCGUCCCGCAGUAAUUCAGUAUUGCAUGCAGAGCGUGCAGUAAAGGUGGGGGCGUCGUCGACUGAUGAUAGAUAGUACUGAAAUGACAUGUUGUGCUGAGUGUCACUUAGCUGUAUUACUGUUGAGAAGAGAGCGGGGAGUGUGUCUAUGUGUGCUAUAAGCCAGAAUGCUUUUUGGUUCUGUACCGUUAACCUCAAACACAUGUGCAAGCUGUUUGUACAGUACAUAACAACAACAACAACAACGCUAAGAUGAACUGAGAACUUAGUUUGCUUCUUUCCAAAACCAAUAAAAGUUAUAACUGGACGCUUGUGUGUGUGUGUGCUGUUUUCUUUGCCUUUGUAUUACUUUGUCAUGAACAUAAUCACAGGACCAUUAUUACUGUUUAGUUCUGGAUUCACAUGCAGCACUUCAGCACACAAUUAUCUUCUGUGGUUAAAUCAGGGUUCCUACACAAGUAUAGAAAAGUAUGGAAGUAAUUUGAUUAAUUUCCAGGUCUUGAAAAGUACGGAAAAUGAAAAAUAAAGUACGGAAAAAUCUUUGUUUCCAGACUAUUACCACAGUUCUGAAAUAAUAAUAAUAAUAAUAAAAUAUCUAAAGUAUCUAAAAUACUGUUUUCUAAAUUAUUAAAGUAGGGAUUUCUUAAAAUAAUUUUAAAAAGGAGGGUACGGAAGAAUACGGAAAUUCCAACUGUGUAGGAACCCUGUUCAAUGUAGGUUCACAUCAUAGACUGUAUAUACUAUGGACAACUUGGUUCCGCCUUCCGCCAGUAUACAGAUUUGAAGCCAAAAAGCUCUCGGUAUUCCCGCGAUUUUUCUUCAUUUCCUGAAACCGACACUGCGCAGUAGCGUUGUGCGCAUUUGGCAGGGGAGUCGCUGUGAUGACGCUCGGCUCAAACAGCGUAUCGCCCGGGGCUGAGCUACGCAAUCCCUGAACGCCCAGAGGCUGUAUCAGCUGUCAAUCAAAGAAAACGUGAACCCCCUAAUAACUUUUAAAAACGGAGCUUCACAGAAAAAAGAGGACUUGAGCACAAACCAGUCUUACAGUAACUACAUGUCAACAUCACAAGCAGGGGGGAGAAAAAUUUAUUUUCAGUGUAAUAAAUUUCUAAAGUUUGUCCACAGCUCCAUAGAAAUUGCUGGAGGAGGCGGGAUUUAUGACCUAUACUUGCAGCCUGUCACCAGAGGGUGCUGUUCUCGGAGUGGCGUCACCCAGCAAGAAGGCAGACUCUGUCCAUUCUGUAUACAGUCUGUGGUUCACAUUCAAUAAUAGCAGCAACCUUGUAGCUUCCGAACACAGAAUCUACUAUUCAGAGUAACUUCCGAGGUAAAAUAGAUACUGAAGGCCUCAUGAGCUACACAUAGCUUUUAUUCUGAAAAUUCUAACUUGUCACUUCCUCCUGCUGCCUUACAACCUUAAAACACUCCAAGCGAAAUAAGAAUCUUUCAAGGGAUAUGGAGAAAUCCCAAAUCUGAGCUUGAUUUUCACAUUUUGCAUAAAGAAACAGUCAAACAAAUUGGCCAUAUGACUUAUUUUUUGAUUUUCAGUUUGAAACGGUAAAAAGAGGAAAUCACAUGACGCUCUUAUUGCUUCUGAAUCUAGAUGUUUGAAAGUUUUGUACUUUUUGUUUCAGAGUGCAAACUGUAAAAAAAAAAAAAUACACCAACCUCUGUGGACAUCUGCUCUGUGCAAGAACAUUUAUUAGCCAAAACAGUGAAAUGACAGAAAACAGCUGGAGUUUCCCACAAACACAUCAGUGCAGAGAUGGACAUUUUACAAACCCACUACCCUGUAGAGACGUAGCUACAUGCAGGACACAAGCUGCGGCUAAGACAUCUGUUUCCUUUUUGCCCACUUGAACGUCA